CAGUGCCUGCUGCCGCCUCCGCACUCUGCGACACGGCAGGAUAGAGCCGUGCCUGCCUGUAGUUUCAUUUUCAGUGGUGAAUAAGAAUAGAGGCAGUAGAGUUUCUUCGAGGAGAGGUGUUCAUGUUUGGCUGUUGUCUUGUUUCAUUGUCGUCGAGGAGGCGCUCGUGCCGGGUGAACGUUAGAGUGUGACGUGCUGCGGUUAGACGUUGACUGUCAGGAACUGGAGGAAACAUCACAUAUGCUCACUCACUCCGAGUUUUGGUCAUUUUACGUUAUUUGAACAGCUGAUCUCACGCACUUCCGUGGAUUUUAAGUUUUUACACGCCAGUGCAAGGCCUCCAGCAGGAAUUGCAGGUAUGUUUUCUCUCUAUAAAUUGUACCUCUUUAAUAAGUAAGUUGCUUCGGUGCUUUAAACGACACUGUUUUUUAAGGUUGAUGUGAUGCACUCACAAGCUGUUAGCUAACACUCUGUUUAUGUGGGUGUGAAAGGAGUGUUCAUUUGUCACCUUUUUCGACAUGUUGCAUAGGGUUGCGAUGAAACGACACAACUGACACACACACACACACACACACACACACACACACACACACACACACACACACACACACACACACACACACACACAUCAGCUGUCAUUGCAUUAGUCAGUUGAGCUUCCUUCCUUUAACAUUAACCUAAUUUCUCACGGUGACAGUAGACACUGGAGGAAACCAGGCUCGUCUGUGGCUGUUUGUCCCUGCAGAUGACCAGUUUACUCUUUUCUAUGACUGUUUUCUGAAAGUUUUUACCUUUCUAUCCUAUGAGGAAAAUAGCAUUUCAAUACUGCAUGCAAUUUAAUUGUUGAUAUAUAUUUCUUCUUUUGUCAAUUCAAUUUCUUUGAGGCAUACCAAGUGACAGAACCUCUAACCAAGCUGGUUCUAUCCUUUCACCCACUGUCCUACAUUUCACCUGCAACUACUCAACAGUUGAGUCAAGCUUGUCUGCCCUCUUUCCACAAGGAAGACUGAGCCUUUAGACAGCUCACCAGCCCCUUUGCAAACAGCGACACUGAGGAGAGCUUUUGGGGUUGUUGUCUGCAAAGCCACCUGUGAUGAUAAAGUAUUAGAAGGCUGAAAUGUACAUAAGCUCCAAGCAGACAUGCAUCUGUGCUGAUCUCAGCUGUUCUGAGUUGUUUGCUUGAGGUCUUGACUUACCUGUCUCAUCUUGGGCCAGAAGAUUUUGAUUCACUACAUCUCUGUAAUGUCUGACGAUCAUAUCCCUUGAGUUGCAAAAGCAUAAAUUAAACCAAAACAGGAUUGAUUUACUUCAUUAGUGUGGACAAUAGCAGCAUGGCAUGUGGCCAAAAAAUCAUCAUGACAAAACUAGUCAUGUUAUUUUAAGAAAAACAUAAAUCAAUCUGUAUUGCCUCGCUUUGUUAUCCUGGAAUAAGAAAAAGAUGUCCGUGUCUGGUAACAGAAACAACAAAAAUUGGCUCAUCAUGACAGGAAAACCAGUGUCUUGAUCAUGAGAUUACGACAUAAGUGAGCUGAGAUGUUGGAGGAAACAACCAGAAAUUGCUUGCUAUUAUGGGAAAACUGCAUGGUUGCUGAAGGCUUCCACAGAAAUAGCUCCCAUUUUACUAUAAACUCUCAUUUCCAGCUCAAAGGGGGUACACUUGCAACACUGAAGACUGAGUUUAGUCAACCAUUGGAAUCAAAGUCUUGUUUAUCUGUGUCAGUCUGCCACAGCUAUGCAAACACUUGCAAACUGCUUGGGUUAUGUGUACAUUGGAGAUGGAUGAGGCUUGUUUGAUCUGCUUUGAAAUAGGGUGACUGUAGUCAUUGUGAGUUGUUGCUUGUGUUUACUCAAUGCACGUUUCUUUCAGCAGUUACACACCUAUGAUUUCAUCUAGGUUUGACUCUUAUCUCAUUGGAAUUCAAGUCAAAAUAAUGUAAAUUUAGGGAGUAAAAGUGACAGAAUCCGAAGUUUUUAGCACACUCUCUGAAAGCGAACAAGUAAGAGUAGGGAAACUGUGCCUGAUAAUUUCUACAACUUCCUUUUUUGUUUUUUAUUUCCUUCCAGCUGCUUUUUUCCCCCCUCAAAUGUUAAAUAUAAAACUCAUUGAAGCCUCAUAACCGAAGGCUACAGUAUUCCAGUCGUGCACGUCUGUAAUUUUCCCACUAACUGCAUGGCCUGUGUCACAACAGGUUUUCCACAGACCUUCCUCAGCCAGCUGGUGUUGUGCAAGUCAGGAAAAGACUGAUAGACUCCUUGAUAAGACAUUCUGUGAGGCACUGAGCAGGACAGCACAUGCCGGUGUUGCUGUGUAACUCAUUAAUGACAGAGUAUGCUGUUUUGUGUCACUAUUGUUUAAUAGCAGAAUGUUAAAAGAUGAAGCACAGUCGCCACUGAUCCAUAUCCAGCUUGCGCAGAGCAGCUGCAGCAGAGUGUGUCCGAGCAGGGAGUGGCUCUCUUAUUUUCCUCUUCCACUCACAUCACUCUGGUCGUCUUUACCUGCCCCUUCGUUGGACCAUGUAAAGACUCCAAACAAAGAGACAGACGCUCCAUUGUUGUUGGACAGAAGUGAGCUGGAAGUGUUAUCAUUCACCUGAACGCCUUGCGUCGUCAUGUUGCCCCUGCAGGGAUCAUAUUGCUCAACACAGGCUCAGAGUGGAGUGUGCUGUAAAUGAGGGUGUUCUGCUGUACAGACAUGUCUUGUUUAACACUUUUAACAUCAGUGUGUUUCUUCUUUUUUUGCAGAAAGCUGUCAUGAGUGGUGAAUGAAAAAGUUCCCCUCGGCUUGAGCUUGAAAUACUUAACAGAUCACUUUGAGAUAACAAAAAAACACAUAGCUUGAAUUAGUGCUAGGCAAUAUGGGAAAAAGUUUAUCAUGAUAUAUUUUUUUUCACAUCAGUCGAUGUUGAUAUAUAUCAUGAUAUAAAAAAUGAAAUUUAACAGUGUUUUUUGGUAGCAUGUCUUUUGCAGUACAAUAAGCUACUGCAUCUGUGAGGUCUUUGUGUCUCUUCGACUUUUUGUCGUAAGAAACAUGGCAGAAUGUUGACUAUCGAAAAGCAUAUUGACUGUGUUUUAUAUUGAUAUUGGGGGAAAAUAAUUUUCUAUUUAUAUCAUUACAGUUUUAUUGCCCAGCCCUAGCUUAAAUGGGAGAGUAGUCUUUAUAUAAAAUGGGCUUCUGUGUUUAAAAACAUUGGUUUAAACUGCACUUUUUAGAUGUUUUCUACCACAGUGAUGAUGUUCCCUCAGUCCUACGUUUCCAAGCUGUUACUGAUCUGUCAUCAUACUGAUGUUUCAUGUAUUGCUCCUGCCCUGCCGCUAAGUUUAACACUUUGGUUUGAUCUACUGUGCGUGAUUUUACCUCCCACUAAGUGUAGCUUCAAUGUUAUUGUAGUAAUUGAAGGGAUGUUAAAUAAAACCUUGUAAAAGUAGGAUUGUAAUUUAGUUUUAAAUGGGUAAUUAAGGUUUUAACAAGGCCGUUAAAGGAAAAAUAUCCAAAUAAGGGCACUUGUCAAGUUCAUUUGAUUUGAUGUAGUAACAAAGACUCAAACUUAUGUCUGUUUGGGGUCAAUGAUUUGAUUCCUUAAUAGUUUUAUUACUUUCCUCAAUUAUUCUAAAGAGUAAUGUCCUUUUAGAAGUGUAUACCAUGCUGUGAGCCAUAAAAAUGAAGCGAUCACUCGAGGUGGAGGAAAUUCCUCAAUGUAAUCAAGGUACUUGAAUUAUUCAAGGAAUCAUUUAAGCCCUAGACUGAUUUCAUUCUGCUGAUCAACCAACAAUAAAAACCUAAAAUGAUUGGCUCUGAGUCUGAUGAUGUGGACUGUGCAGGCGUCCCAUUGAAGCCAUUAGUGUUUUCCAAAGAAGCCCCCUGUAAAGACUAUCACCCCUCUGAUUGCAGUGAAAUGCAGUUAUUUGUUUUGUUUGUAAUAGUUUUUAAGAUGGAUUUCUUAAGCCUGCACCCCACUCAGAGCAUGCAUGGGCGGGGCUACCACUAUGUCACAGUGUAUAUUGUGUCAUUUAGUCAACUUAAUGUCCAAACCUCAUCUCUGUAUUGUUAGUCCUUAUCUGUAUCUUUAUGUGUUAGUCAAAGUUCAAGUAACUUCACAGAGACAAACUGCUUCAGAAAAUCAGUUUUAAAAUACUCCCACUUGACCCUGUUGGUCCCCUCUUCAUGGGUCUGACCUACCCUUACUUUGAAGCUCUUGGUGAGGUUUGAUGUUAGUAGCACAGCCAAGAAGUUUUGCUGUACAAAUAUUUAUAUGAAGAAGAAGUGAUGUAACAAUGUGGAUGAUAGAAAGUUCUCAGAGAUGUGUGCUGUGGGUAACCCACAUACUUACGCUUGCCAAGACAUAUUUAUAAACCUUUCAUAUUGAGUAGAUGGCUUCAUCACCGAGAGCCGAACUCUAUUUGGUCAGUUACUGCUCAGCCAAGGCUUGUUUUAAUGACGUACCGGUGUGAUAUCCGCAUGGCACAUAAACAUAUGGUUAUACUUGUAGACUUUUAUUUGAUUUGCGGAUACAUAAUGGUUUCCAUGCAGAGGCGAAACAUGAGGCAUCUCUCCAUUCUGCCUUUUCCUUUGUUUUAAUUUGAUCCCAGAGCCAAAUUUCAUCAGACACCAUCACUAGCUAAAAUAAAGACCUAGAAUAAAAUAUCAGAGUGUUUUAAAGCUGGUUUCAAAGGGAAUGGGGUUUAUGGUCCCUCUCUGUGCAUGUCAACUAGGAUUUCACUGGCUUUGUACCCAUGUGAGUGACAGAUGUUGCCAUUAAAAAUCCAUUAAUAAAUCAUGCACUUAACAGAUGUAUCUCAGUAAAUCUUUUUCAGAGAUACGGUCAAAGCAUUUGGUAUAUAAAUAGUGCUUUGAGUUUAUCCUGAAAGCCAAAGUUUACAUAAAGUAUUUAGAUGAUACUGCCCUUGUUCAACCUAUUAUUUGAGUUUUAUUGGGGUUAAAACUGAAAAUACAAAGUCUAUUUUAUAGCUCUAUUGCUUGAAAUAUGGCUCUGCUUUAGUGCCAUAAAUGUAGGUUUUCGAGAUACAAGUUGUAUUUUAAGGUUCAGACAGAGUUAACUGUUUUAAGAGGAUGGAUGGCACAGCUAUUACUGAUGCAGUCGGGAUCUAUACGGCUAAUCAUUACCAGUAUACCGAGACAGCACAGAACAGCUCUUAACUUCAGGAGUAUGAUAACUGAGGUAUGCUAAAGCUGCAUGAGUCCCACCAUGCUGUUACACCUGUGCCUCCUGGACAAUGACAGGUAAAAACAGAUGUUCACAGUAGGACAAGAGGGUACAAAUAAACAAGUAAACAAGUUAAGUAAACAGCCCCAACAACGUUAGUGCAACUCAGCAUACAGUUUUACCACUAAAGAGUUAAGUUGGUAUUAAAUGGUUAAUACCACCACUGUUAAUUCUCCAUCUCUCAACCAUACCCAUCCCCCCUCCGCAAGACUGGACACCCCCCAACCCCUCCACCCGCUGCUCAGUGGCAUUCCAGCUGGCCAGAUGGUGUCUGCUCCACUGUGCUCUGCUCUGCACAGAGGACACAAGAAAGAGAGAGAGAAAAACCCCACAAGCAUGAUUCUCUGGAUGAGACAUUCCUCCCACUGAUCUCUCCUCCUCCCUCCCUCUCAUGUCGCCUUCUUUCCCUGUUCAGUCUUGUCUGCAUCUUACAGUGACCACUCUGGGGAUGAAGUCCGUAUUGGUAAGUUGUUGACAGGCGAAAAAAAUCGCAUUAAAGAGUUGCAAGGGGGAGACGCCUCUGACUGUAGUUAAUGAGUAGGAAACUGAGAGCAAAUAACAGUGGAAAUAGGUUGUAAUAUACAUUCAAACUUGAAUAUAUGCAAAUGUAGUCAUAUUAUUAUUAUGGCAAGAAUGUUUAUUGAUCUCUUACAAAUAAAAAAGGCAGAAAAUAAGCUUCAAUAUGUUUUCCUCAAAUACUUUAAAAAUAGAGGGAAAUGGUUAACUUGACUGUAAAAAAAACAAAUGCUAAUUUUUCCGUUUUCACAUAAAAAAUUGACAAAUUAAUCAUACUUGAGUGAUAAUGAGUUCGGGCACAUUUUACCUAUGGCAAAGGUUGGAGCUGUAACAUCUGUACCAUAUAUGACGGUGGCGGUUCGUUUCUGAGCCUCAUAAACAUCAAUGAAAGGAAUCCAGUACAGCACAUUUUGUGUGUGUGUGUGUGUGUGCGUGUGUGUGUGUGUGUGUGUGUGUGUAAGCAGAAGAAACUCCAGCUCAAUGUGGCUCUUUAAACCUCACUUCCUGCUUUGAUCUGCAGCUUCCUCGAUUGCAGCCAGGUUGAAAGAGUCAGGAGGAAAUUCACUAAGAGUGGACUGCAGUGGUCCACUCUUAGCAAACACCCACAAAGGUUUGCAGCUCUGUGCAGUUUGAACCAGUUUUGUGUCCAGUUGUGACUGAGAUGAGCUGUCAGCAUCACCACUUUCUGCUGCACAGAGCUGCAUUGUGUAUUCACAUCCUGUCAGUGCUAGAAUUUUUUAGUGGAGGUGGUUCAUGACAGACAUGAUCGUACUUGCACAAUUUGUAUCCAACAGAUUUCCUGGUGUAUACUGGUAAAAAGCAGCUCAUUUAUAUAAGUGUGAAGCAGUUCCUGGUAUAAACCAGCAAAAGAACAAAACACUAAGCCAACAAAUAAAAUUUACAUUUCUCAAGAAAUUAAUUAAAUUCUACCUAACGUUUGUAUGUGUCUGUGAGAAAUUGGUUGUUUUCCUGUGGGCCACAUUUAAUGGUUCCUUUUAAAAGCAGAAAGCAGGGAGACUCGGACAAAGAGCUAGACUGUAAAAAAAGAUAUGAGAAAAGGAGACAUAGAUGCCCCUCUAUGUCAAACCCUGUGGAGUUUGAAUGACACAAGCUGUUUCCCUGCUUAAAACGAUUUCUCAAAGGCUAACCAGCACAUUUUCUCUGCCUGGUAACAAUAGUUGCCCCGCCUGGGGCAGGUCCUUACAGUUUUUACAGUGUCAGUUACUCGGGCAGAGCAGAGUGCAGGCAUGAGCACCCAGGGGGCUGUUAUGUCAACUGGCUCUCGGGUGACUGGCUGCAGUCAGCAGGACUUCUGGUAAAAGGGAUUUGAGGGGGCUUGUGUCUGUGUGAGAAAGAGAGGGGAGGGAUGGAUUAGUCCCUGUUUUUUUGCCCCAUCCUCCUCCUCCUCCUUCUUCUCCCCUCUUCAACAGAUCUUGUCUCCCCUCUACUCCCCCCCUGUACCACCAGACUGGGGCCCCUUGGCACUCUGGAGACACAUGCCCCACAAAGCCAUCAUAUCCACCCCCACAAAAAGCCCUUUCUGUCCUCAGCCCCUUCCAUCUUUUUCCUCUUUUCCCCUGCUCUCUUGACCUCUGCAGCUCCUCAUUCUCUGGUUGUGCCCGCCCCUCUUCUGCUCUUUUGAUCCUACACACCCCUCUUCUUCCUCCAGUCCUUCCUCUGUUUCUCCUCACUCUGUCCCCACCAUCCCUUUCUCUCCUGUUCUAUUUUCCUCUCCAGGGAAGAGUUGAGUCAUGUGAUUGACGUUUUUUGCCUUUGCUAAACAAACACACCCCUCCUGCCAGAAUUAGCUCUUGGAGCUCUCUAUUAGCAGAGGCUUGUUUCAACAUGACAAAGUGUUGUGUGCCCCUACAAUUACAAUUAAAACUUAAGCCAGUGGUUGGAUGAAGGCAUGGUACUUAGACCGCCUUAAAUGCUGAGAGAUUGCUUUUUAAUGAGGAACACAUUUGGCGCUCAGUAUGUGGUUGAUUGUUGUAUUAACGUGGCUUUAAAUAAAAUGUGACUCCCCCCAACAUUUGGCCCCAUUGCUGGCUGAUUUCUGAUGCAUUUGUUUGGAUCAGUUAGCCAUAUGUACAACACUGACUGGAGUUAUUGGAAUAGGGACCAGUGACCUGUAUUAAGGCCUAUCUGCUUGCAAUGGUUAGUCACAUGAUAUUGCAGUAAUGCAGACACUUGCAUACAAACAUGCAACCUACCAUUCCUGCUGUUUGGACAUUUGUCAACAGCUGUUUUGAUGUCACUUUUUCGUCAUGCUAAUUGUACAGAAUGACUGCAAGAUUUCAUUUAUCAAGUAGGGCUGGGCGAUAAACUGAAAAAUUAUGCUACCGAAAUUUACGACAAUGUGACUCCACCCCAUCCAGUUCGUAACAAAGAGGGAAAGACAGGUGAAGAGAUGGAGGACGGUUCAAAAGUUGUAGCGGCUGGAGCGUCAGUUAAAGUUGGCAAAAUUAAUGCAGAAUGGGGUUAGCAGCUUGUGGAGUAGUUAUCAUCCAUUUAUCGUUAUCGAGGUAAACUGCUCAAUACAUCGUGAUAUUGAUUUGAGGCCAUAUCGCCCAGCCCUAAUAUCAAGCCUUUAAUCAGAUUUGCAGAUUUGAGAUCAUGCAGAUCAAAACAUGCAGAUAAUACCCAAGGAAGUCAGUCAAGUUCCCUAGACUGUGUCCCUGUCUAUUGCCUUUGCUCAGAAGUGACUUCCUGCUUUUGUUUCACACCUGAGUGGUUCCUAAAACUGACCUGUAACUUCCAUGAGAUUUUCUUAAAUGUGGGUUAACGGCACAUCUUUAUCCUGUUCUCUUGCCAAACCAUGCUGAGCACCUGUGUUUUUUCUCAGUGGAGCAAAGUUUCCACUCUCCACCCUCUUUCCCUGGAAUAAUAUGUGUCAGGCUCCAUCUUGAACUCUCGUUUUUUUUCUUUUUUCCUUUCCUUUUUUUUUUUUUUAGCAUAAGAUGGCCAACAUCUUAAAAGUCUCUCUAACUGCUUGUAAUUGUGUUCCUUAAGAUCCCUGAAGGGUUGUAAUGAAACAGACCUUUUUCACACCUUGGUUCAAACAUGGCUCUCCAGUGACCACACAUGAUCUGAUCUCACUUGAUACAAAUUAUUACAGAACUCCAUUCAUCCUUAUUCACUCUAAAACCAUAAGACAUAAAUGAUGGUAGCUUUUUUCCAACACAGGGUUAAGGCUGAGCAAACACUGGUACACACAGAUUCACACACACAUUGUACAAGCAGCAGCGUGGGGAGUAAGUGAUCGCAGACUGAUUUCUAACUUUUGUUUGAUUUUAUGAAACUUGGAGUUCCUGGUGUGUCAUUUCUGUAGUUGAGCUUUGCUGCAUUGAUAAACUUUGACAAUUGCUUGUUGUUGAUUGUGGUGUGCACUGCAACGCAGGACAGAUCAUGCUGUUUAUGCAGUAGUAGACAGACCAUGAAAAAAAAGACAGGUCUGUGUUGUAUCUGCUUGUCUCCUGUCAUUAUCUUCAAACACCAUAACAAACUUCUCAAUGAACAAAGCUGUUACUGAUGUCUCCUACUCUCCUCCUCAGCUUGGGAUCUUUCCAUAAUUAAAAAAAUGGGAAUGAAAUACAGGCCUAUCCUGUUUCUACAGGCCUAUCCUGUUUCUUAACGGGAAAAAAAAAAUCUAAAAGAACCUUUUUUAGAUUAUUUUUUUUUAACUACAAACUGGAGCCUGUUGUAUUAAGGAAUUAAAAAUGUAUCAGGAAAUUAGACACAAUCCUCCUCUGCGAUUAAAUACUGACCCUGUGAUUUUCUGCAUACUUUGUUCAGUGCAAAAAAAUACGUCUCUGCAUGUUGGACCCAGCAGACAUGAGCAUUUAUACUACCAGACCAGUGCAGACAAAUGCCUCCCAGACCACCUCUGAGGGACUGGAAUCAGCACUUAAAGAGUUAAGGCUUGUCAGUUGUGGGCUGAUAAUCCAGACUGGACUUUAAUGUUUGGUGUAAAUGGGGUCAGGGUGUUGGAGCCGGACAGAAACCCUUACUGUGCUGUCUACGUCUUAUCUAGUGUAAAUUUUAAAUCCAAUAGUGGUCACAGUACGCACAGAUUUAGGGGGACAUUUCUAUGGUGUUAGGUUGGAGUCACAAAGGUAUGAACCAAAAGCCAAUAGUACGUAAAGGUGAACUUUACCUACUAUAGGGUUUGAUGUUUGUAUCUGCCUUUGAUUUCUUACUUUGUUGCAUUAGUGAUGUGAGGCCUGUCUUAAAACAGAUAAGAGAAUUGUGGGUUCUGCGGUUAUCCUAAAGACAGGCUGUCACUCAUUGAAUCUUCAAUGAUUUCUAAACUGAACUCAAAUCCACACUUCUAAACCUUGGCGUGUUAUUCCUCUGUCAAUUUCAGCUUCACUUUAGUUCUCUUCCUCAAGAAAAGCUCCUGAGUUUUUCCACAGCCAAGAUCUCCUGUGUUUCCCAUGUAAAUCUGCUAUUUAUGAGCAGGGUGUAGCCUACAUUCCUGCACUGUCCUCCCGUGUGGACAUGAGAAUUCUGAGUGAAUACACAGAGUGGGCUGCAGGUUGACUUAAGCCUCUGAGGCAGCUGCCUCUCUGACUCUUUGUCUUGAAAAAAUCAGUUAAUUGAUAUAUGUUCUCCUUUUCUCAUGAGGAAGCUGCCCCUACUACUUCUACAUGUACAUAGAAUCAUUGGUCUAUAAGCAUGAUAACAAUGAUGUAAUGAAAUAUUUGAAAUACAGUUGGUAAAACCAAGUCAAAUCAAGUACAAUCUAGCUAUAGAUACCCUUAGGAUCAACUUAACACCUGGUUGGUUUCAAGGGAAUUUAAGUCUCUAGUAGUUGUAUAGCAUCCAACGAUAUAACAUCCACAGUGGUGCUAAAAUUGAAGUACUGCACUUGCAUGCAUCUGACACACCUAAAUGAAUAAAAUUGUCUCCAACUGUCUUUGCUGUUGCAACUUCUGCAUUUGUGGUUCACUGCAUCUGUCACUGGGUGUAGUAGUUAUGUAAUCUCCUGAAGCUGCUCUUAAUCACAGAGAGUUUUGGCAGAGGAGUAAAUAUUUAAAGAUGGGAAAAUAGUGCAGUACUUAUACGAGGACAUAAUGACACUUGAACUGAUAUGCUUUGAGUGCACAGGGGAUGUCUGGCUGUCAAGUUUCCUCACUGUCCUUACACAUCCUGUCCCUCAAGAGAAGUUUUGGACAUCAGCCAAGCUUAUGAGCAGCAUUUCCUGGAUAAUGGAGCUUCUAUGAAGGAGGAUGCCGGGCUGGGUCAGGAAGUGACACACUUGGCCUUUGUUAGAGAUCUUUCUCUCAUUGCCAGUAACAGCUCCCAAUGGGCGGCAUAGGUUCAGAGAACAGUCUGGUGAUAUUCUGGAAAAACAAGGUCUUUGUUUGUUUACAUGCCCUUGAGGAGCAAAAAUAAUAUUGUGUGUAUGAAUUAACAGGUAUGAAUUAGCAGAUAUAACUGGUAUAACUGCAUUCCAAACAAGGCGCAUGCAGUGUUGUCAGUAAAAACAAGGCACUCGCGUGCUUGGAUAAUUAUCUUCCUUUGUGUUUUACAAGAAACGCCUCACUAAGCGCUUCAACAGUCCAUCAAAACAAACAUACAUUUGCUUUAACAUGAUACUAAGAAAUUAAAACCAGUUUGUCAUUCAUCUAUUUUUAUUUAACUCUGAACAUGGUCAUUCUUUUCUCUUGCUAAAUCAUUGUUAGCACAUGAGCUUUUAUUAAGGACAAUCUUGAUAAAUGUAGUCCUGCAUUUAUCAGCCCACUUGUUUGUAAUAACCAUAAAUAGGUAAAGACAACCAAAACAAAUACUCUAGAGUGAGCUCACAUUUGCUGAUAGGACUCAUGGUUGUGAACACAUGACUCACACUUUUGUGUUUUCAGUCCCCCUACUUGCCUAAAAUAACACACGAUGUUUCCAAACAAAGCAGGCUUGAUGUUCUGGGUCUCCAUGGACUAGAGCUUUAGUGUACUGUUUAGCACUCCUUUUAUAGGUAAUGACCUGGGUGAAUUAUGUAAGCGUGUGCACAGUCCUGAAAUCAACAUCUGAACUCAGAAUGGUUUUUGCCUUCAUAAGGAAAUUCACUAGGUUUGGAGUGCCAUGCAGUUCAGAGAUUUUCAGAUACACUUUUUCCUUUCCCGACAGCAAAUCAGAUACUGAGUUUUGAGGAUUUGCCAAGUCCAAAUACUAGUCCAAUCCAAUAUCCAUUGCAUAUACCUGAAAACAUCCUGCACUUACAUACUGGCAUUUUUAAGUGCUUUUAUUAACAUAUGUGGGCUAAAAUCAGCAGCAGCUCUUUUCUUGACCUCUACUGAUGUCCUUAAUAUAGAGGGUGGCUCUAACAUUUUUAUAAAACCAACUUAUGCAGGGCUUUCAUUAAAUCUUUCAGUCUUAAUUUUGAAUGAAGAUGAAAUAAAUCCCUAAAAUGAGGGAUGAAGAAACACCCUAGACCUUAUAUAACACACUCUUUAGUCUCUGGUAUGUCACCCACUUGUUUCUGACAACAUUUUAAGGCCUAAUGAUAGCUGUCCCACCCAUCAGUCAAAUCAGGGUGUGUAAGAAAACAAUGCUACUAAAGCUGUAGUAGCAUGUGUUGUAGCAGCUGCAUGAUCUGAAAAAAUAAAUGCCGCAAUAUCACAGGAUGGGAAAAAUGCGCUGAUGUGAACGCUUGUAUUGACAGGAUACGGGUUCGGAAAAAAAUAUUGACAACCGAAAUGAUCGCACAACAAAAACGGUCCUGGUAUGAAAGGACCUUAAGACUUGAAAAUUAUGAUAUAUCAUGAGUAUUUCUGCACCUUUUAAAGGACCAAUUGGUUCUCAUGUCAUCAUUCAUAAAUAUGAUCUUGUUUCUGCUUUGUCCAGGAUACUUGCCGUUGGACUUACUGUGUUGGAAGUGGUCGGUGUUGCUGAUUUGUUAAUCUGACAAGCAGCUGGUUGUUCUUGAUUUUUGCAGUUCAUACAUUUCCCAGGGCGACUGUGUCUUACAUCCAUGGGUUUAUAAUGAGAAACAGACAUCAUGUAAUCGUCCAUCAAGGUUAUAGUUUAUAGUCAGACUGCUUUUAAAUCCACACAAGGGAGGCACUGUUUAGCCAAGAGCUGUUAUGUUAGGUGGAAAAGGGAUAGGAGAGGUCAAGGUGAAACCCACACACACAAACACUCACAUAUCCUCUGAUAUCUACACUGAUUUCCUGGGUUAAAAUUUCAAGGCCUCAUUCUUUAGGAGGGCUUCAUUCUGCGUUGGUUCUGGAGCUGAGCUGAGUUUCAAGGGGUCAUAGAGGGUACACCAAAGAUUUGUCAUCAGUAUAGGAAAAAUCUCUUGAGGUCAGCUAAUUUAUUUUACCUUAUGAUCGUACUUUUUCUCCUUCUUGACCUAUUCUUCACCUGAACUCUUUCUUCUCAACAAUCUCAUUACUAACAUUGUCCAGACACAGCUCUCUCACUCAUGUUUUUCCCAUGCACCUCCAUGCACCAUUUUUCCUCGCCACAAAUGUGGGAACCUGUGUGGCGUAAUGUGAGGGAUACCAUGGGGAUACUUUGUGCCCCCCCAUGUAAAUACCGUCUUUUUAAUUUAAUUUUUCAUCUUGCCCACAGCGCUGUGAGCACACUUGUAUUGUAAGUAAUCUUGGAAAAGCCCCUUUUCUUGAAUGCAGCAAUCAGAAACUAAACUGUGCACACAUAACUUAAAUCUGGUUUGUCAGCUGGCAAAGCCCUUGUGUGGGAGCACUUUUUAAAACCUCUGCAUCUGAGCCAUGUGCGGUUUCUCUGCUCUAUGAACACUUAAUGGAACCAAAUGAGCUCAGCCCAACUCCUUUAAAUUCAACUCAUUAGUUAUCGAAAAGCCAAGCAUUAUUAAGAAUCCUAUUUUUUACCUGUGUUGGAUGUAAAAGAGGAGAUGUCAAACCGAUUUUUCUUCUUUAAGACACAUGCAAUUCAAGUCUGUCCCAUCAUGCAUUGGUGGAGAUGCUGUAUAAACUUAGAAAGGUUGCCAAGUCCAUCACAGGGCUAACACAUUCACACUUAAGGGCACUCAUUUUGUUUGUAGUAAAUACUGACUCAUUAUGAGGUGGGAUAAUGUUGAAGAGGUGAUUAUUCCAGGCACAGAGCCCAAGUUAUGUAAGGGCUAAAAUUGGAUGAAGAUGUUAUAGGAUGUGUGAUUCUUCUUCUCUCCUCCUCCUCCCUCUCUCCAACAGGCUCCAAGUGAGCCGAUGAAGUAGAGGUUAUAUGAGAGUCUCUCUGCGGUGGUCGGCGGUCUCUGAGCAGAGCUGGCUGACAUCAUUCUCACAGGGGGGGUGAUGGUGUUAGCUGGGGCAGGGCAGGGCAGGGCUUGGAGCUCUACAGCAGAGUCAGUUUGAUUUGAAAGCUGAGGAGGUGCAUUGAGAUUUACAGUUACAGAGCUCCUGUCUUGUCAAAUUUUCUCUCACAUUCUUGAGACACUAAUAAUGACUUUUUUUUUCUGUUUGCAGCACUGGGAUGAUUUUGAUGGAGUAAGACACCUCUGUUAGCGGAGUCCUACAUACUUGGGUUUGGACCACCGAGUAGCAGCAUUGAAUCUUCUCACCUGCACUUAAACCCUGAAAUGGAUGGGGUAGACACCUUGCAGAGCUCGGCCCCUGAAACUAAGGCUGAGCGAAUCGCUCGCUACAAAGCAGAAAGGAGGCGGGAGCUUGCCGAGCGCUACGGUAACACAGACGAAUUCACCUCCAAAUAUGUCCGUAAAGAUCGGAAGAUCGGCGACGAAUCUGAAACUGUGUCUUCAGAACCAAAAGAGACAGAAAAACAUGAGGAUUAUGCAUCAGAGAAAGGUUAUACCAGGAGAGGCCUCAGGAAUAGAGCAGCUGCUGAGCACACUGAGGAUGAGAGUAACCAGGAGAGAGAGGAUACCACUCAGCUCAAAACAGACACAGUCACAUCAACAAAGACAUCCUCGCUAUCCAGGUGAAUUUUUUUUUCUCUUAUUUUCACAAGAGUUUUUCCAAUUCUAUUACCGGCAUUGGCGCCUGUCUCUUUAAUCGAGAUAUCUAAAAAAUGAGAUAACAUUCUGACACAAAUUUACUGACUUUGAUCUUUAAGCUUGAGUCUUAGCUAGUGUCCUUUAUGGUAUACGACGUGCACCCUACCUUUCCUCCUGUGCCCUCAAACAGCUCUCACUUUCAGGUCAUGACUAUAUCUCAAACUAGUGUGGAGCAAAGUUUGGAAACGCACACUGUGGAUUAAAUUACGGACUGUUGAAUCUUCAACAUGAUGUGCUACAGCGGAAAACAACUAUCAUGCAGCUGCAGGUGGAGAAAAGAAAGCAGGAAGAGGAGGAGGAGGAUGUGCACAUUUGUUUCUGAAAAGCCAAAGGACAGUGAAAGCAAGAGUCUGUAGCGAUCAUGAGCAUUAAUGAGCUUUAACUAGCAUUUGCCAGGCCCAACAGGUGUGCAUGAGGUAUAAGUCAAACCUGUAAAGUGUCAGCAGUUAUAUCUUUACAGAUAACAUACCUUUUUUUUUUUUUGCCUUGGUAUCUUCCGGUUACUAAAAAAUCCUCUUGGUGUAGAGGGAAAAAAAAGGUUUGGUAACAUCUGAAUUUUCAGAACUAACCCUGAUCACAUACUUAUGUUCACCAAUAAGUCUUGAUCUGCUCAAGUUUCUGUGAGGUUAAAGAAGUUGUGUUUAGCCACUGCCGCAAAAUGAUUGCUUUAAUGUUGGGUUAAAACAUGUCUGAUUGAAAUGUGCAAAACAAAUACAAAUGAUUGGAUUGGAGGCAUCUGAUGCCUGUUUGUGUAAGACUAAGCAUAGUUUUGUUCUUUUUGUGACAUAAACUUGGCCAAAGACUUGAUUAGAAAGAAGCAAAGGUGACAAGGGACUCUUAAGGCAUCCAAGGAAUUAAUUGUAAUACAAACAUCAUGUGUUAGAGUCACACGAUUUUUUCCCCCUGUAGUAAAAGUUGAGUUGAGCACAUACCCCUGAAUGUUCAGAUCAUGUUAAUUUGAUGUUAUCCAGUACGGUGGCUUAUUUCUGAGACAUAGCUUGAUAUUCAGACCAGCUAUUAAAGACUGCAAUGGAUUACUGUAAAAGGGCUCACUGACUCCUAAUGACUGAAGAGGAGGCAACAAGUCGGCACAUUUGCAGUACAGUGAGUGCUGUAUCUGCUGUUGGAAGUAAACACGGCUGCCAGCACUUCCAAAAUUGGCCAUGUUGCAAAGCUCACUGCCUCAUGUAUUUUGCCAUGCGAUGUUUUGCACUAAUGACAUGAACCCAGCUUGUUUUUGUUUUGUUUCAAAGCGACGUGGGGGAACUUUAAGACUUCCACAUGUUUGACACUUUUUUAAUGAUAAAAAACAGCAGUUGUCAGAACAUUCUUUGUUCCCUUUCAGUCAAUUCUCUUUUCACAUGUGCUGUCAGGCGCUUCUCUCUGGAAAAAAUGUACACAAAUGGAGUAAAACAUGACCAGUCGUGUGUCUGGAGAUGUUUUGGCUGUAAACAAGCAGAGGAUUCUGCCAUGUGCGCAUAGUCAGACCUGUCUGUUCUUGAAAAACAGCCUGAGGGAAUGAAGAGGGGGUGGAGAAGAGCAGAGAUGGGCAUAGUGUUAAGAUAAAGUCAGAGAUUUUGGCUUGCAGGGUGAGGUGGGAUUAUUAGGCUCUGCCAAGUUUUCAUGCCCUCCGCUUAAUGAAGCAAGCCAUCUUGAUAGCUGCGAGAUGGCCAAAUAUGAACGGGAAAGGGCAUGUGUUGUAUUGUUGAAGAGUUGAAUAAGAAAGAAAGAAUGUGCAGCAGUGCAUGUUUCAGCAAAUCUCAGUGUAGCAAAGUGUUUUACUUGCUAAUCUCAUCAUUUAAAUGCAGUCUAAAAGGAGCUUAUUUCUCUCAGAGUUGGCUCACCACAACCAGGACAGGGAGAAUAUUUGGGGAAACCCAGGGUUAAGUCACACAAAAAAGUUAUGGCUCACUUUUUUAAUUACAGGGCGCAUAAUCACAGAUUGACGUGCUCAUGUGUUUGUCCACAUGCCUGUCUUUCACGUUAGCUAUAAUCUUGGCAAGUUUGUUAUGAGGUAAGCUAUGUGUCAGGAUCAUUGUGAAGUAUCUUAAGCAUGCAGGCUAACUCAACAUGCACUGAAAGAUACAGUAGAAACCUAUUCAAAGAUGUAAGUUAAUUUUUCUCCUCCUUAAAUGAAGUUUCCAGAUGUUGAAUGGUGUCACCUUCCUCCUUUUAAAGCAUCCUUAAAGAUUGCUUAUUGUGUUGUAUGUUUAUUUAAAAUGUCCCGAUUAGGGCUGCACCUAACGAUUAUUUUUUUAUCGAUUAAUCUAACGAUUAUUUUUUAGAUUAGUCGACUAAUCGAUCGAUUAAUUUAUUGAUUAUUCUAACGUUAAUUUUUUUUUAUUAACCGAUUAAUAUAACAAUAAAUUUAACCAAAAUAACAAUUAAAAACUUGUCCUAUUAGUAUUUUAUUACCACUGCUCAGAUGGUAAUGAAAAAAUAGCUAAGAUAUGUCUUGAACUUAUUUAGGCCGCUAAUAUUAGUGUCCUCAUAUGUUUUACAUGACCUCCCGUAUGAGGCUCUCUGAACAUCUGUGCGUGCAAGAUAGCACUCUUUUAUCUGAGGCUGCCCUGAACGCAUCACUCCGAGAUGUCACAAGACUAUCAACGUAAAUAUUAUGUUUGUUUCCCUGUCACUGAAGUGUUCAUUUUGCAACAAACACUGCUUAAAUAUAGUUUACAGCUUAAACCGACCUGAAUCAUCCUAAAUUGUAAAGUGAAAGUAUCAAUCCAGUGUCAGUGAUGCUCAGCAGAAACACAGGACAAUCUUCAAUUGUCUGGAAACCUGAAAACUUUGGACAAAUAUAGUGAUCCAAUUCAUGAAUGAACAUGGACCAUCAAACUACGGGAAAUUCCCCGGAGGAAUGACAAUACGGAAGGUGGGUGGGAGAUAGGUCUGAAAUACGGGAGAGUCCGGAAAAAAACGGGAGUGUUGGCAGGUAUGGUAUCAGUAUACAUAUGUGCAGCGGAGCUUGGGUGCGCCGAGUAUUAGCGAGCUAUCAUCGGCGAUCACACAGCUAAAUAAUUAGCGAGUUAUAGGACAAAUAAAAGCACAAAACUGAUGCUUCAACUCCGAGCUAACUGCUUAAAGUGAAUGAAUUAGAUAUGGGAUGCAGUGCAUAUGAUGCAGCGUUCACUGUGGCGUUUGCUGCACCAGCGGUGGGUUAUUUGGUUGACAGGUCACUGCAUGUCUCCUUGAAUGAAAGCAGCGCGUUCUUGGAAAUGUGAACAAGGAAGCCAGGAUUAGCCACCAUUACCUGAAGUAGCCAUUGUCUACGUCAUCUUGCGACGUGUAUUUUUGUUGUCGAUUACGUGGACUACGUAGACAAUGAGUUGCCGCGAUGAACCAAAAUGCUAAAUUAGAACCAAGUAGCAAACAACUGCGUAGCAGCAAGCUGCAGCAACACGCAACCAUAGCACUUUUAUCACAUGAAGCCGACAGCGCUGUCGGUGAGAUGAAUGGAAAUCAGUGCUACCCCCAGCAGAAAUGCAGAUGAAGGCUCAACAGAUGACGACAUUGUCAACAACACUGGUAAAAAAAACAUUGGUGGUGUGGAGUUGUUUUGGUUUUUUGAGGUCAGACAUGAAGCAAAGUAAUGUGCACUGCAAAUUAUGUCGAGUACAUGUUAACUUAACAAAUUUCAUGUAAAAGUAACCGGAAAUAUUUAAGAUUGACAAGUUAUUUUUUUAUAUCGUGAUAUAUAUUGAUAUAACUGAUAUGAAAAAAAUAUACAAACUUUUCCCUUAUCGCCCAGCCAUAGUUCCUAUAUUCUCUUGUGUUUGUACCUCACAUAUCAACUGAGCCUUCAUACAUGACAUUUGCAUGCCUGUCUGUUCUGCUACAGAAAUAGCAACAAGGAAACUGGGACUCAACUUUUCAAGAGAUAAUGAAAACUGUCAACAGUUUUGUCUGUGACAGACAAGAAUCCGUCUCUGGUAGUUGAAGGAGGACAUUCUUCAGGUGCUUCAUUUUGGCUCUAACAAUUAACUGUCAAUCAAAAUUUAUUGUUAGUAGUUAACGCAAACCUUAAAAGAACUCAAUGCACUUGUCAAGAAAACACGUGUUUGUUGUUUUGCUUGCACUGUCAGUGCAAAUGUCUUUCAUCUAAAGGUAGCGUGCAUGCAUUGCAGUUGAAGUUCUCAGAAUUGUUGGUCUGCCAGUAAGAGAUGGCUUGCUUUUCCUCUUAGCCACAGUCGCACCUAGAAAAUGUCAAAAAGUUUGACAUUUUAGAAGACAUAUUUUGGGUUUAAAGUAAUUGAGCUUUCUCCACAUUGUUCCCUAUAGCCAAAUAGAUUACAAAAGGAAAGAAGGAAAAGACUGAGCAAGAUUUGAACCAAGUUUUGUUUACAUGGCUAAACUAGUGAAGAGUUUAAGGACCCAACACAUGAGGGAGCAACUUUUUCAAAAGUUAAGCACACAAAUUAGAGACACUGAAAUGGAGUCUUUUAACAACCCCACGGUCAUGAUUACAUCCUUUCUGUACUGUAACUUGAUCUUCUCAGUAAGACAUAAUUAAAAUGAGCAAGAGGCAGCUUACUGUGUUUGAUUUUUGACUUGUCUGCCUGUUUUUGAAUGUUUGUUCAUCUUUUUUCUCUCGACUUAGAUGACAGACAUGGUUCAAAGCUCAGUAUAUCACAUAGCCAUGGAUUACUGUUUAGUGCAUUGCUUUAAUUAUUGUUAUAACCGCAUCUUUUUGAAAUCAUCAAUUACAGUUCCCAUCUAACAUGAUGCUUUUUCACACACCAUGAAUGCUUUAUCCUGGCAUUUCAGAUUCCACUUUUUCACAGAGUUUUACUGCGGCUGACCAAACCUGGUAAAUAUUCCUGUGGUUGCCAAACCUAAGCCCACAAUUAGUCAUAAUCAUAUACUGCUGUAUAAGUCACUUUUGGAAUGGAUCAACAUGACACCCUACGAAGAAAAUGUCUGAUGAGAUGAGAUUCUUACCCACAGUUAAAUUGUUAUUCUCCUCAAUAAUAAAACUGCAGUUGCUCACACCAGAGGGGCUACAGCCUGCAGGAAGUAGAUGUGGGUGAUGUGGCAAAAAUAUCAUAUCACAAGUUUUUUUUUACAGCAGCAUCACAAACAUGGCCUUUUUUCAUGUCAGUGAAAGACUAUUUAAGAAGUUAUUGACCAGUUCAAUCACUCCUAUUUGAAGUGUAGUCAAUAGUUUUCAAUGAUGAGAGAAAAAUAGACCAUUUAAGCCGAAUAAGCUUUUUCAGUACAAGUAAUUUGGCUUACUCCAAACUACAGUUGACUUUAAAUGAGAAUAUUGACACUGAUCAGACUUGAAAUUUGCUCGAUCCUGCUCUUUUUUGAUUGAUUCAUAAGUUAACAUUGGUUAAUAAAGGUAAACAACACAAAGGUUAGUGCAGUCUUGCUAGAGGAUAACUCUCCAGGGACAUAUGGUAGAUCUUCACAGUCUAAGACAGGUACAGGCAACUGUAGGCAGUCAAAACAAAUACAAGUCUACCUGAGGAUUUAUGGUAUGCAAAUAUAUGAACUAAGUUAAAAGGAAUGAGGAAGAAACAAAGACAAAGAGGAAUUAGGGAAGAAAGAAAAAAAAGGAAAAAAUAAAGGUAGGAAGGAAGAAUGGAAAAAAAGAAAUAAAGGUAGGAAGGAAAGGAAAGAGAAAUAGGCAGUAAGAAAGGAAAGGUGGAAGGAAGAAAGGAAGUCCAAAAAGUUAGGAAGAAAGAAAGAGAGAGAGGAAAAAAAAACAUUCAGAUAGAGUGGCUGUUACCCCCUGACUUUAAAUCUGUGUUAUACACCACACCAGCUCUCAUGAGAUUUGUAGCGAUAGCUUAUGUAAUUACCUGCAGUUGAUUUGCAUACCGUGAGGUUUGGUUCAGCUGCAGUUGCUCACUGAUAUACACCAUAAAACAGUUGAAUGAAACUGCUUGUUUACUUUGUGUACUUCAGAGCUCACAAUGCUGCAGUCUAAUGGACUACAGAACAGCGCUCUAUUAUGUACCAUAUAUAGGGUGUCAUUAAGGGCUGUGACUUCAUUUGGCCGUUACCAAAUUACGUCAAACCCACAGAUCAGAUCAGCCUGAGACAAUCUCCCCUUACUCAGUGGCCUCUGACCCUCCCAGAUGUCCACCAGGAUCCUCUUUUGUGUGCAAAGCUCUCCCCUCCUCCUGUUACAUCAUAGCUGCUACCCCACAGGCAGCUGCUGUCCCCAUCCAUAUUUAACGCCCAUUACUUAGAGCUGAAUGGACAUCUUCAGACGCUGCACAGGCAGUGUGCUGUUCUGUCAUUGCCAGCAUGAGAGUGGAGGAGCAGCAUGAGUAAAUGUUGUUACAUGCUUAUCAAAGGGAGCACAGUAAGUAGCUUUGUUUAGAUUUGUUGACAACCAGGGUUAUAGUCUCUAAAGUGGUUUGACCUGACAUAUUUGGUUCUAUUUGUCUGUCUGGUUCACUUGCUGAGGUUGGACUUGUUAUUUCUGUCAUUGCUUCAGUACAUAAGAGAAUAACCUCACUUGCCUCUAUCUCUCUUUCUCUCCCUCCACCAGGCUGCUGGAAACUGAUGACACAGAGGAGCCAAAGGGUAAGAUGAACCCUUCACUUUCACUGUACUCACUUCCUCUAUUGUUUCACAGACACUGCUUUGUCCCUACACUCAUCCAAGUUCUCUGAAGACUGAGCUCAUGCCUGAUGUCAGAUCACCUACCUGCUUUUAUAGAUGCUGGCUGUUUAAUUCUCUGCCACUGGGGAGAGGGAGUGAAGGAAAGCAGAUCUGCUGAUGUGUUCGGCUCUGUUUUGUUUGGAGUGUAAUUGAAACUGAAUGUUUUGCCUCAGGCGCUAGUUUUCUUUUCUAAAAGCUGAGGGAGAUAAUUUUUGGCACGUGUCUGGCGUUUUCAUUCAAAGAGCAUGACUUGGUGCGCAUGCAUACUCUUGUGUGCCUAUGUGUUUCUGUGCAAAUCAUAUAAGAGCAUACUAGAAGCCUGUUUCAGCCAGCCGCUAUUAUGGACUAAUUUUGGAGCCUGCUGUGAAACACAAAAAGAAUACGUCUGGGGGUACACACACACACACACACACACACACACACAGUGUUUUGGCAGUUUUUUUUGGAAUCACAGUCAGCCACCUGAGCCUCAGCCUGAUCCUCUGUCUGCUUAAGUGUCCUUCUGCCUUUUUGUCCAUUCUUUGACCUUCCAAAUUGUUUUGUUUUUGUGUCUUGUGUGUCUACUAUCUGUUUUUCAAGGACUGUACUUAUGCAUGCUUCCAAGUGCUGGGACUGAAAAGACAGAGGCGACAGUUGACUGUCUGGUAAACCAGAUUGACUAAAUUUCAUUUUUAGUUUGAGUCUCAUUAUUUUAUUUCAUCAUGCAGGGAGCAACUUCCAUGUUAAGGUCAUGUUACAUACCAGUAUUCUUCUGUUUUUCCUCCCAAACAUUGUUUAAAUAUGGUAGUCUACCUUGACUUUCUCCAUGCACAUGUGCAUUACACAAAUAAAGCAUGUCUGACAGAGCUGGUGAAGCCUUGUGCAAAUAAAUUCCAGGUUUUAUCCAAACACUUACAAGCAUGUCUGACUUGUGUACCUUCUUAUCUACAGGUUUGAACUUUUGGUUCAGGUCCACACAGGUCCACUUUUUUUGUAAAAUAGGUCUGGCAUGUGAUGAAAGUUUUGCUGUACCAUUUAAAUUCAGCUCAAAGAAACAAUCAUUCGUUCUCUGUAUUCAGCUGCAUUAGGGCUGGGCGAUAUGACCUCAAAUCAAUAUCACGAUAUAUUGAGCAGUUCACCUUGAUAACUAUAAAUGGACGAUAACUACUCCACAAGCUGCUCACCCACUCCUACAUUGACUUCGUCUACUUUAGCUGCCGCUCCAGACUCUACAACUUUUGAGCUGUCCUCCAUCUCUUCACCUGUCUUUCCCUCUGUAGGUCCUUUCACACUAGGAGCAUUUUUUUCGUGGGAUUAUUUCGGACGUCAAUAUAUAUUUUUUUAACCUGUAUCCUGUCAAUACAAGCGUUCACAUCAGUGACAUGUUCCCGUCCUGCGAUUUCGCGUCAUCAUGUGUAUAGUCAGGCGUCAAAAUUCGCCUCAGAAUAUUUAGUAUAUUUGCGUGCGUCGUUUCCAGUGUGUAAGGACCUUUUGUUACGGACUGGAUGGGGUGGAGUCACAUCUCCGACGUAGGACAGCUUCUUAAAGGGACAUGAGACCAUAGCCUACCUACACACAUCCAAAACCAACUUUUAUUUAUUUAUUUGACACAGAAUAUAUUGAUAUGAGCAAAAUGGUGUUGGUUGGUUAAAUGUCGGUAUCGGUAUGUUUGGUUUAUCGCCCAGCCCUAAGCUGCAUGUUGCCUCAUACGUAAAAACAUAUUGGUCUUGAACUUGUUCAAACUGUUGAACUACUUUAUCUUGAACUAAUGCAUUUUGAUGUUUAUUAUGGUUAUUUUAUUUCUAGAAUGAAUUGAAGAAUUUUAAAGUUAGGCAUUGAAAAAGUCAAUGUACUACGAGUAAAGCCUGAUGUCCAUAAUGUGCGCAAAACAACCAAAAACCCCCAGAAGUGUAUGAGGCAAGUAACAUGUGUGAACACUAAGCAGCAAAGGUACAGGAAAAGUAACAAUAAGCAAUCAGUGUUUAUCUUCUGUGAUAGUGUGUAGACAGAGGAGAGAAAAGCAGUGAUUUAUUGCAGCUGGCAGAGAAUCCUGUGAACCAGAACUCAUCUCAUGGUCACAUCAGGGUUUCCCCUUCAGCUUCUAAAUCAGCCGUUCCGUUAAUUCUGCUGUAAAACAAACGAUAAGGAAUUUGAUUUACUCUAUACAUUCCCCUUAUAGUAUGUGUCCAUAUAUGUGGCCGUUAAAAGGCCAAAGGUCGAUCCUUUAAGUUCCCUUUAACUGAGCAAAGAUUGAUGAAAACACUUGUGGAAGUCACUAAACUGAAGUGGGGGUUUUUCCAUCUCUCUGUUUUUUCUUUUUUCUCUCUGCUGGCUGGUUGGAUGAUGAUGAUGUAAGAAAGUUUGGACUGGAGUCAAACGUGAAUGAGUACAGCCCGAGUGGAAUCACCAGUCUGAGAUGUUUCAUCAUCGCAGCUAAAUCAAGCUAAAUUCUGGACUGCAGGGGAGCCUGACAACAUAAAUCAAAAUAUAGUACUCAGCUCCAGUGUUUUUGUUUCCACCAGAAAAGAGGAGUUUGUUAGGGACUGGCCAUUAUUUGUGAUGGUUCUGCUUCUUUGUUUUCUUAGGAGGGGGAAAUCUUGGCUUGAAUUGUGAGGUUGAAGGCAAUAAAAACGCAUUAAAAGUGGGAGAAUGAUGUUGGUUCUGCUGACUUAAGAAAUGUGUGUUGUUGUGGAAUAUCAUUAAAUUUAAUAGUUUCCUUUUGUUUCGGAUUAGAAGAUUAUAUUCUCAGGCCUGUUUUUGAUUAGACUACUCCCAUGAAUAAGUAUCUUUCUCUCUCCCACAUAAAUACACACACAGCAAUGAUAUCCCAUCCGUUUUAAGUCCUGUAUCUCACACUUAACCCUUAACUCAGGAUGUUUUUUCCUCGCUUGAAUGUCUGAGGCCAACAGAGCUCAGAAACUUUUAAAACUCAAAUCAAAUCAAAGAGAACUAUUGAGACAUUCACAUCCUUUUUUGAUACAGUGACUCAUUAGAAGCACAGGUGAGGUCAGUGACAAGUUUCAGGUCUGCAUUUCUUGGACUGGAUCCCCUGACAUCAAAACUUGACCUAGAAAGAUACCACUGUAUGUUUAUGUAUGUUGGUGUGCACCGGAUAGCUUCAAUUGCCCAGAUAAAUAAAGCAUUCCUUGACUGAUAUAGAAAGACUAGGGUGUAGAGGAGAUCUUCUCAUCGAUAUCAACAAAGCCAUAUGCAUGUGCCACACUAAACAAACCUUAUGCAUCUUCAAAUCAAGUUUUAAGAUCUGACCGAUGAAAUGGUUUGUUUGAGCAUUUUUAGUCACACUGUUGUUUAAAUGGAAAACACUUGUGUGUUUCUUCCAGCUGAAGAGGAGACCGAGGAACCAGCCAAGAGGACUUCCAAGACACAUCUUUUUGAGGUAGAGUUUCCAUGAUUCUAAAAUUCACUCAUUUGAAUUUAUUUUAGUUCAAAGCUGCUGCCCUGGUUGAUCAAUUUAUCUAUCUGUCCGUCUGUCUGUCUCAUUCUCUCUCACACUGGCUUCAGAGCUUCUGGCAAAGAGCUGAUUUUAAGAUCCUAACAAUAAAAAGCACUAUGCUUUAUUGACCUUUUCUAAAAUGUUAGUAGGUUAAAAAAAACACUGCAUUUAUAGAGUUAAAAAAAUAGAUUUUUUUUAUUGCAAAAUACAGUGUGAGGCACAAAGGAAAAAUAUUGGUGUGUUCAUUUUUUCCAGUAUCUUUCAGUCUUAGAUGAUACUUUAGGCUAAAUUGAAAGAGUGGCGACAAACCUGCUCCCUGACAGUGACACCUAAAGUUCUCCCUCCUGACAAGGUACAGAAUAGGUCGUAAAGCCCCCGAGGAAAGGCGUAUCUUGGUUGACAAAAGGGUGUCAACACUGCAGGUCCACCAUCUGAUUCUUACUGCACAGACUUUAGCUUCAAAACCUUCCCCACCCUUAGUGCCUGUUGUGCAGGACUUCAUUUAUUUUUUCACAAAAGAAGGAAAUGGUUGUCGUUCAUUUUUAUGUAGUACAGUCAGUAGUGUAACCAACAAGCCUUUGAGAUGGGGAAAUUUUGUACAGUCAUAGAGGAUAAGCCAGCUGCCUGAUGGUGAUAGUAAAUCCUUUCUAAUUAUAAGGUCGUGUGUGUACAAAACCACACUGCCUUCUUUCCUGUUUUUACAUGGGCUCAGUUUAAAAAAAAGAAAAAAGCAUGCUCCAUGUGAGAAAGUUAAAAUGUGUUUAUAUGUGCCUUUUAUUGAUGCUGAGCACCAAAAGUAAAACAUCAUGAAACAAAGGACAUUUCUUUUACUGCUUCUUUGUUAGUGUGUGGUGCCUUUAAAAUGUGUUUAGAGUUACUGGUUGCAGUUUUAAUGAAGGUUGUUGAAUGUUGAUGCCUAGUCGGUAUCUGAGGUCUUUUGUUUUAUUUUUUUGUUUUUUUGAAUACUUUAUUUAUUCAUUUUCAAAAUACAAAGGUACAUAACAACACAACAACCCGAACAAUUACCCCUUUCUUCCCACUCCCUCCCCAAAAGCAAGUUGGAGAGGGAAAAAAAACAAAAAACAUAUAUAUGUAUGUAUAUAUAUAUAUAUAUAUAUAUAUAUAUAUAUAAUAUAAACAACGGGAAAGUUGUAGUUCUUUUGCCGUUUAAAGUGUUUUUGCUGAUAGACAGCUGUCUCUGCUGUCACUGCACUGCGUGAUACAUCUCACCUCACCUGCUCCAUCCAAGCCGUCUCUUUUGGCCCUGAUGUUAAAUUCCAAAGCCUACAGCUCACUUGACAGUGAAAGGUUCAAAUCAUCCAUAUACCACAUUGAUGGUGUCAUUGAUGCUGUUUCUUCACUAAUUUUACACUUAUUUACAUGUCAUCUGUUCUAGCACAGCUGGUGCACACUUAAAACCCCCUUUGGGAGGUUUGCUCCAUUAAUAACAAAUUGAGCUGUUUUAUACAACACUGAGCUGUCCUGCACCUGGAUGCACACUGGGCCAAAGUCAUGACUUCACACAAACACACACAAGAACACAUACAAUCAGAGGAGGUCUUAAAGCAGUGAUGGGAAAAGAGAUCCAAGAAGAUAAUAGAUCCAUUCAGGCACCAAAACCUGAAUCCUUUGGGAGAUUUGUACAUGUGCUUAAAAUUCUGAGAUUAUCCGACUUUCUCAGGCCACUUAAGAACCAGAAGUGGUUGAGUUUCAUGAUAUUAGAUGUAAAUAGCUGUUCUGACUUGGCCUUAACAGAGCAGGAACACUGCCAAGGUUGGCCAAGUGAACCCAGAUGGCAAAUUUCUCCAACUAAAAACCUGCUGGGAAAAACAUUCAAGGCUAUCUCCUGGUCACAUGACUUCUUUUCUUCUCUCUUCGUCAACUGUUCUGACCCAGAUCUCUGUUAUUUCAAGAUGUCAAACGUGAAAUUUAUCAGUGGUGACAGAUUCCCCCUCCGCUGUCAUCACUUUUCCCCUAUCACUCAUGUCUCCUCCACAGUCCCCGCUGAGUGCCAGUGAGUCAGUGUCUGCAGCUGGAGAGGCAAAAGAGGAGUGAGGUUACAGUAUGUCUGCUUUGCAGCACGGAUGGAGGCAAUAAAGUGUGCAGACUUAAGGGGGGGGGCUCAUCUGUAUUUUCUGACAUUUUAACUGAAUAUUUUAAGUAUUUUAGAAGCUGCUGGGUGGAAUAAGUCCCAUCUUUAUGAUCAGCCUGUUUGGAAGAGGUCUCUAAUUGUGUAAGUUUUAGUUUGUAAUUUUGUGGAAAAAGGGAAAUUAGAUUACCAUUCCUCAGUUCACAGCUGGAGAUCCACUUAUCUCCUUCCUAGCCACUCCAGGCCUCGGUUAAGUGUUUACUAACAAAAUGUCUCACACAGCUGCACAGCUCACACUGUACAUAGUUUUGUUGAAGUUUGAAAGAGCCAAAUGAUUGGCCGAGAUUUUAGGUGAGAAAUUUCAAUCUUUUUUUUUUAUUUUUCUUUUUUUUUUUGUGGUGAUGUUGAAUAAGAGUUUAUAACAAUAUUUCAUACUUGUCUUUUCUCUAUUCAUAUGUGCUUCCAUGAUCAAUUCUUUUUCAUAUCAAAAUAGAGCAACCCAAUAUGAUCAUGGCCAUAUUAACCCAUCUAUUCAAGCAAUGGUCAGAGAACCUUUAAUGCAGUUGUGCAAAGAGUAUGUUCUCAAACCUCUGAGUAAAAUAAUAAAGAUAAUAACAAUAGAUGUCAGAGUAAUAUUCAGUAGGGCUGAGCAAUAAACCGAAAAUUUACUGAUACCGAAAUUUAUGACAAUAACAGACAUCAUUUUGCCCAUGCCAGUAUAUUCGGUGUCAAAAAAAUAAAUAAAUAAAAAUUGUUUUGGAUGUGUGUUGUGUGUCCCAUGUCCCCUUAAGAAACGUGACUCCAUCAUUCAGUCCGUAACAAAGAGGGAAAGACAGGUGAGGAGAUGGAGGAUGGUUCAAAAGUUGAAGCGGCUAAAGUAGAUGAAGUUGACGUGGAAGGGGGUGAGCAGCUUGUGGAGUAGUUACCAUCCAUUUACCGUUAUCAUGGUGAACUGCUCAAUAUAUCAUGAUAUUGAUUUGAUGCCAAAUUGCCCAGCCCUAAUAUUCAUUAAUCAAAGGCACAGAAGUUGCACAGUCUCCUAAUAAAUUAAGCCCUGAGAGCAGGGUCACACAACGGCAUUUUCACUGAGUGUAGGUUUUGAAAUGAUGCUUAUGUUUUAAGAAUUUCUAACCUUGAAAUGAUAUGGGGCAAUAACAUUAAUGCAUAAAGCAGUGUAUUUUAAUGUGAUGUGUUAUAUCUGGGGAAAAAGUUAAAGUCAAAAUGAAAAAAAAGGGCCAAACUUUUUUGAAAACAUCCUGUAAUGGCUCCUUAGAGGCUCUUAGCUUUAAUGUGGAAAAUGCAGUACCAAAAAGUCUCUCUCUCUCUCUCCCUCUCUCUCUCUCUCUCUCUCUCUCUCCAGCUUUUACUGUAUGUACUCAGGGUGUUUUCAUCCUUACCUCAAUACUUCACAGUCAUUCCCUCUGAACUCUCACAGGCUCAAGCAAGGGUUAACUACUUUGAGUGUUUAGGUGGAGCCUGGUUCAUUCAUUCACCUCCCUUAUCAUCACUGUAUUUUUACCACCACUAUAAGACUUAAGGAGGAUCUCUCCCCAACACUCGAAGGUAACGGCCUCAUUUCUCUCUACCUGUAGGACCUAGAAGGGACAGAGGAUGGAAGCAGUGGCCGAUGUGCUAACAAUAGAGUAAAAUCUUGGCAGAUGAGCAGUGAAGAAGAGGAGUCAUUUACCAGGUAAGAAGCUUCUAACUGGUUUAUUUUAAUAACUGCAGUUUCAUUCUGAAGAGGUUUUUCAUGACUGUGCUGGAUUAUUUACUUAUAUAAAUAAUUAUGUACUUUCUACUAGACAGUUGGUGCUAGCUGUAAAUUUUAAUACGAUCUGAAAGAACAAACAAGAAUCACUUUGGGACACACAAUCACAGAUUGAACAGCACACAGAGGUAAUUACACACCAAUUUAAAGGGCUGUGCGAUGAUGUAAACAGCGACAGAGAUAAACCAGAUAGACCUGCAGAGCGUCUGUAAUACCAAACACCUUCUCUCACGCACACACGUGCACACAAGCCCUGCACAUGAACACAUAAAAACAUUUAGUACGGAGUGGUAGCCAUGGUGAUGUAAACCAGGCUGAGUUUAAUAGCCGCAGCAGUGCGAGCCAGACUGUACUUAGCACAGUUACUGCUGGAGUAAAAGAUCUUGACUGUAUGAGAGUGUGUAAGUAUAUCAAUGUGUGUGUUCGUGGGUGUGUAUGUUUGUGAAGAGUUAGAAAACAAAAGUAAAGUUCAUUCCUCUCAGUUUCCUUCCAUGUCAGAGGUUGUAUCAUUGUUUUUAGUAGCUGAACCUUGUCCCUGACCUUUUAAAGACAUGCAACACUUUCCCAAAAAUAAAUAUCUUUUUUGGAGAGCCCACUAUAAAAACAAAAGGCUAACAAAAAAAGCUCAAAGUUCUGGAAAAAGCUCAAACAAAAGUCAAAGUGUUCAGGCAUUUUUGCUUUCCAAAGGUUAGAAACAAUCACAUCAGACCUGCUUUGCUUAUCAGAGUUUGCUUUGGUGUAUUAACCAACUCUAAGUUCUUUAUAACUAUGCUGGCUCAGACUUCUCCUGAUUAGAAAUCAGUAUUUAUUGAUUUUGGAAACACCCUACUGUGUCAAUUAGAACACAAGUUACAACUGUUGAAAAUACAGUCCUCUGCUGUGAUUCAGGAUUUAGAUGUAUGUAGUAGCAACAAAGGGGGGGUAUUUUUUCUAAGAUAAGCCAAACCACAGGGCCUAGAUCUUUUGUGUGUGUGUGUGUUUUUGUUGAUCGCUAUGUGUGUAGCAUGAUUAGUUGUAAAGUCAAACAUUGAUCUCCACCUUUGAAGAGCUUUUAUAGAUUGCAUUUCAAAUAUUUUAUUUAGAAUUGCUAAUUUGCUUGCUAAUGCUAAUUUAACUUCUGUUUAUUUUUGUCUGAUAUUCAAGCAGAAGCAAGGCAAUGGAUGACAAAGACACCACAGAUGAACCCGAAGUAAAGGAGCAGAGUGAAAAUGCCGUCACUGCAGAGGAAGAAAGGGUCUGUAUUUCACCCGUUUCAUAAUAAAACUCAAAGAUUUUACGGUGCACGCUUCUACUAUAUAAGCAUGCUAUGUAAUGUCUCGUGUUUUUCAUACAUCAUUAGGGUAAAAGAAAAAGCAACCUCCCUGGAUUUUGUUUGGAAAGAUGAUAUUUUUCAGCUCUUACAGCCAAUUCCAAAAGUAUUACUCACCUUAACUCUGGCCCAGUCCUCCUUCAGGACCUGGUUUUACUUAGCUUUGUGUUUUAAAGUUGAUAUGUGGAUUGUAGUUCACGUCAGUCAUUGAUGAGGAGUUAAAAGGCAAACACACACUCCCCCUCUCUUUCUCGCUCUCUCUCUCUCUUACAUACACACACUUGUUCUAAAGCUCAUGUGGUUUAAAUGUGAUUACAUCAGCCAGAUCCAAAGAGUUCCUCACAUGUAAUCAGAGUAUGCACAUGUAUUGUAUGUACCUCACACUCAUGAUACACACACACACCGCUGUUUUGAAUUUAACUCAACCACCUGGUUAGCAUUGAACCCUCACACUCAGCCAGCCUCACGCUCCGUAUCUCCCUUAUACUCUCCUAAAUCAGAACUCCCAUGUGACCUUUUCACCUGUCCUCAGGACAUCUGCUGUUGUUCCAGCCACUGUUGUAUCAUCAAACCACGAUAGCUUAUAGAGUAGGGUGCACACAAAAGGCUGUGUUUACAUUGGUUAUUAUUACCUGUCCAUGUUCGCUCUUUGUGUAUGUAUAAUAUUACACAUGAUGAAGGUUGCUCACAUUCUCCAAAGGGUUAACAUUUUGCUGUUUUAUGACCAUAAAGCUUAGAGUUACAAGAUGACUCUUAAGCACAACAUGUGUUUUCUGUUAUUUUGUGUAAUUUGGCGCACCUGAAACGCACACAAAAAUGUCUAAUGGCCUGUGGAAGCCUUACAGAUUUAUUGACAAAGGUUGAAACCCCCUCAUUAUUUGUUUUUAUCCUACCUUUAGCCUCUUUUUAGAUUUAUUUACUCACCCUUUCCUCUAAUCAGUUUGUCUUGAGUUUUUGUGGCUCUAAUUUUUUAUGUUUCCCUCUCUCUACUUUUUUUUUCCUUCAAGCUAUUCACUCCAUCAACCUGAACCCAAGUCUCCUAAAACGAGUUGGGCAGAAAAUGCUGAAACAGUCAUAGUUGGAACAGGAGUGUGUGUUUGUUUUUAGAUAGUACAAAGUCUUUGUAUUCUAGAGAAAUAAUAAGCAAAGACUUUUCUCUUAAUGUGGAAGAAAAAUGUGAAAAUGUUGGUCUAGACUAUUCCAGAAAUUAUAAAUAUUAUGGCCGGUGGAAAAAUAAUAAGCUUUUUCCUCUCUUCUCUAGUCCUCCUCUGUCAGCAAGAACCAAGACGCCUCCCCACCUCUCUCUCCCCUCUCUCCCUCCUGCCAGCCCACCUCCCUGCAGCGCCAAGACUCCGGGCCUCGAGGCAUCAAGGGAAUCCUAAAGAAAAGCCGCUCCACUAGCCUGGAGUCCGACCACAGCGAGGGCUCAGCACUGGAGCGUGUGCCCCCAGCUCGCCAGAGCAGCAUAACCCUCAGCCACCCUGAGAGUGAGGAGGAAGAGGAGGAGGAGGAAGGAGAAGAAGAGGAGGAGGAAGAGAUGGAUGAAGAGGUGAAUGGUGACAGUGACAGAGAAGAUGAGUCAUUCACGGAGGAUAUCACAGAUGGAGGGAGCUUCAGCAGGGAUACAAAGCAGAGAGGUGCGAGCAGCAGCAGCGGAGGGAGCUUUGAGGAGAUGCGGAGUCCCUCACCAGAUGAAAGCUUGGAGCAGACGUCCUCGGUGUCAGAGGAUGUCGAGGAGCUGGAGAGCAGUUUGGAUGGAAGCAUGGGCUCCUCAAUCAAACAGAGGUCAAUGGAUAUGCACAAACAAAGAACACACUAUGAUAGAGGCUUAAAACAAACAAAACAAAGCUGGAGAAAUUAAAAAAAUCAAAGACACUGGGAAGUUUUCAGCUGGUUAUAGUUUUGAAUACUAAUGCUUCUCUGUGAGUCACAAAAGGAAAAGAGACUAUCAGGGGCAAGAACGAUUAUUUCUAUACUGUUAUUUUUAAAGUCUGAGAAGGGUGGGGGUGUCAGGAAAAGUGCCAAACUGCAUACUCACAAUAAUUUUCAAAACCCUUAACUCAAAGGAAACUCUCACCCUUGCGCAAGGGACAAAUUUUUCAUUGCUUAAGACUUAACAGCUUUGUCUCUUGAAGGCAGAGAGUUCAAGUUCCAGUAUUUCACUUCUUUAACCCAGAACUGACCCUGAAAAAAGCUUUCUGUUCAUCAGAAGAGUUGUCAGGAUUAUUACAAGCCCGUGAAGACUGAGUUGAUCAAAAAAACAAGAGCGAGAAAAAUAAACUAUGAUCAAUGAAAAUAAAAUAUAAAUGUUCUUAUCAACACACUAGAUAUUUUUAAUAAUAAUUUUUAAUAAUUAUUGUCAAACUGUGUCAGAGUUUGACUAAAAAUUGAAUCCAUGUGGCAAAACUUUUCAAUUUCUUUGAGUUAAAGGCAAAGAUUGUUGGGUUUUAAUAUACUCAAUAAUGAUAGCAGAAACAAAACAUAGAUGAUGAGUCUGAUUAAUCUGUCUGAUCAUUCACUAUGGAUGUUACUUGAAUGCUGUCACCAAUAAGAAGAAAAGCUCAUUUUUUGUUUCCCUUUUUUCAGACUCGAAGAGUUCAAUACUGAAUCUGAUAAGAAGACCAGACUGAGGAAACCCAAACCGUCUGAUCUGAUCCACACGUCACUGUCUGAUCGCUUUGGUCAGCUCCAAGAUUAUUCUGAAAAUGCCUGGAAGAAAAAGGUACAUACCCCUUUUUGAAUCUUUGUGUUUGUGUGGUUGUUUGAUCGGACUUACAGGUUGAGACUCCUUGCAAAGAAAAUCAGUCUUUGCUGGGAGUGCAUUGUUCUGUAAGGUAAGCGGUAAUGAGAAGCUAUAUGUUUAGAUUUCCUCCCUUCUGUACAGGGAGAGAAUGAUUUGGCUAUGAACACAUUUUCUUCCUCUGCUGAAUCAGCUUAUCUCUCAGAGUUGCUGCCAGGAGGGCGUGAGGUUAGUGUGAGGGCUUUUUUGGAUGGGGGGGUUUGCUGCAGAUUUGAGAGUUGUGAUGCCAGAUCUCGAGAUCCAGAGCUUAAAUAGCCUACCAGUGAGAAAGAGAGACACGCCUAUUCUGCUUGUAAAAAUGAAAAGCUCCUCCAUGACCAAACACCCGCAAAGCUAAGAAGUUAACACCUGCUUCCUUUAGCAGCCUUUUGAACGCUCUUUUUCUCAAUGUCAGAGAAAUAAUCCGCCGCUUUUCAUGGACUUUCCUGCCUCACACAUGUACGUAAUCAUGUCUGAGUCAGCGUUACACACGUUGGCCUUUAAUAUACAGAGGAAAACUGAUUUAUCGUGUUUCAUCCUGCCUUCCUUCUUAGCAAACAAGACCACCCUUGCUUAGGUUUUAAGUGGAAAAACAUCACCACGCUCUGUUUAAGGCAUUGCUUGCUCAUUCUGAGGAAAAAAAGUGCGACAGCAGUGGAAAACUCGACAUGGAUAUCCCCAAAACUGCACUGAUGUCAUUUUUAUUCAUGCAGCCUAUCUCUUGGCCUGAUCUCUGCUCAGAUCAUUGAUGCUCUUAGGGGGAUUUCUGGUUUUGGCUCGUUCUUUAUCCAGUGGUGACCUAACCUUAAAAUAAAUCCAUUCUCAGUCUGGGAAUAAAAGUUACUUUGUAGGUACAGACAGCCAAAAAUGUGAGCCAAUCCCAGCUUGACCAAAAAAGUGAAAACAGAAGUCGUUUUUUUACACGCAGUGUGGUCUCUCUCUGUUAUGAAAAAUUAUCACAAAGUCCAUGAAAGUUUGAUGUCAUUCAGCCAGUGGUGCAAAAACUGCAUCCUCAACACUUAGCGGGAGCCAAACGGGUGUCUGCAGAUUUGCUCCUCUUAAGUCUCUCCGUGGUCAGCGCCUGUAAAUUUGUCUGGAACCUGCUGUGCACCGUGGCUACUACUUUGAGAAAAUAACUCACAUGACAGAUAAUACACGGUUUGUCUAAGAUGUUGACAUUUAUGCUGUUAGCUGUGGUGCAUUUACCCGCUAUCUUGUUACAUUUCAGUUCCUCUCCUGAGGAAAAGGAUGCUGCUUUCUCGUUUAGGCAUGUUCUUAUUUAUCUUGCAUGCUGCCAAUCCAGGGCAGAUGUUGUCGCUCUUGGCUGAUAUGUGGGAGACCUGGGAAUGUAACAUGCAUGCAACACAACACGCUCACCUUCAACCAAAUCCAGAUGUUUCCUGUUGAACCUGCUAAGCUGUUCUGCACACCACUGUUGUGUUUAAAAGUGAGGCCUUGUUGUAGAUUUAGUCUUAAAUCCACUUUUGACAGCAUAUUAAAUAACAGAUUUUAAGUGUCCUGUCCACAAAGACAUUUAAAGACUAAUGUGGAUUCUGCAGUUUGCUUACAAAUCCAUAAGGAUUUACUUAAUGACUAGGUUUUGUUUUCCAGUGAUGACUCAUUGAAAUCAAGUCUGAUCCAGUCCGUUUAAUACUAAAGAUCACUUGGAAACAUUAGUUCCCAGAAAAUAAAUUAGAGACAAUCAACUUUAAGCUUGUGUGAGUAGUUUUUGACUGGCAAUAAAACAGACUGAAAUGAGGACUGAUGCCUUUGCAUGACCCAUAAACGCAGACGAGACCAUCAGUGACAAGGCUGACAAAUUCUAUACUGCUGUGAAGUGGUGCAACUUAUCAUGUGAAUCACCGCUAGGUUUACUGAUCCAGGAUUCUGACUGUGCACUUCAAGGAUCGACCAAUCACAACGUGUCACCGUGCAUUUAAAGAAAAAGGCUUUUCACCAACAUUUAAUCAGAUUAAAUGAAGAUUUAAUAAGACGCCAAACCCCUCUGUGACGGGGGACGACGCAGCUCGGUAGAGCGUGGGUCGACGGGGGUGAAAAUAUUGUGAUAUCAGCACAAGAAGGCAAUUAAGCACAAAUAUUAUAUUCAGCAAACCACCAGACGUUGAUUAACGUGGACGCUCUUCAAUCUUUUGGUCUCCAGCCGGUCUCCAGUGGGUUGGGCGAAUCCAAAAUGGUAAAAACAAGGGGAGUGUUCUGAAACAGGCUGUUACCUGUGAAAUGGGGGUGCUCUGAAAACACCCCCACUAGAACUUGGUACAUUCCUCCUGAUGAAAUUAAUCAUAGACUUUUGAUAUAUUAAAUGACGCUGAAAAAAAAUGAGUCGACCAAUCAGAAUUUGGUCGACUCAGAACGUUUCGACCAGUUAGUCGACCAGUCAACUAGGACUUUACAGCCCUAAUUGUCACUGACUUCAAUUCCUGUAUCUUUGUGGUCCUUAUUGUAUUUCUUAGUGCCUGUAACCGCUGUAAAUAAGAAGGUGUCAGGUAAGGCCUUGUACAGCACCAAAGAAAACUUCUCAAAUAGUAAGUAUUCAGAGUACAAUCACAGAACAAUCAGCAAAGAUGUAAGAGAUACCCCUUUUUCCAGAUGGAUCACCAAAACUUACACAAAGUUUCUCAGUGGAGCCUCAAGAUGAGUUGGUUUCUUCCAUAAAUUGUGGGUGCCCUCUCUAUAAUGUCAACUCAAGAGCAGCAUAUAUAGAAAGUCAGUACUGGGAGGAAUCUGACUUUCUCACCAAAGAGAUGAAUCACUUUCCCUUCAUGUACCCAGGCUUUGCUUCCAUCUUGUUUUCUGUUUGAUCCCUCCACAUGCGCUUUUAUAAACAGUCUGUUUCCCUUCCUCUCCCUUCUCCUACAACUUUAUCCCAGACUUUAAAUGACCCAUGUCCCUCUUCUUUAGACAUCUGCGCUAAAUCUCGCUCACUCCAGCUGUUGCGGUCUUAUGUUACCCUGCUCCUCUGUUUCUCCGCUGAUAAUUUUCCCUCCCUAUUUUUCUGCUACAACUAUACCUCUUUCUUUUACUCUCCUUUCCAGUUUCCUCUGUCCUCACCUGUGGACUUUACCCCUUUCUUUGACUUCAGUACCUGCCUUUCAACCUUUCCUUGUCCUUUCAGGUGAGUUUGUGUACAUAUGAGCGUUCUGUCUUCGAGGCUUUUGCAUGGACUUUCUCAAGUAUAGUUCACCCCUCUAUUAUGCUAUUUGUGUUCUGGACAACUUUAUACACUUACCGCUGAGAAAUCAGUGCUGUCAACACAUGGGCUGUUGCUACAUGGAUGCGGUUUGCCGGCCCCUCAGCCGGUCGAUAUCUGUGUCAGUGGUUUUGGACAAAGUACUAAAUACACUGUACAGUAAGGCAGGGCUGAGAAAAAUGGCUUCCUGUGGGGGUUUGAGGCCCCGGCCCUUUCCUUCCCUCCCAUCUCUCUGGGGUCCUGUCAGGCUUAGGUAUUUCCCUUCUCUGAUCAACUCCAGAGAUGGACUUCUAGCUGGAGGGGCUUUGUAAGAUGACAGGUAUUGUAGCGUGUAGCAGCUUAUAGCAGGAUUUUCUCGUAAGGUGAAACAUUUGUUUUUGUCCUGCAUGGAUUCAUUGGUUUUCAUUAAGCUCUUAGAUUAUUGCGGACUCCAAAACAUGUAGAGACAGCUCAUCAAGUCAGAACAUUUAUCACAUACUUUCAUGUUAUGAAAUCAGCAAGAGCCGCUUACUUUGAUGCCCAGCCUUAAUAUUUUGUCUCUGCAUGUGUGCUAGGAUGAUUUCUCUCAUGUCAGGCUAUUGUUCCACCACAGCAUGCAGCAUGGUAAACAAUAAAAGCUUUUUAGUGUGUCAAAUGUGUGAAGAGGAGAGAAUAGGCUUAUCCUAAUUCGUUUGAGUGCAACAUGGUUAAAGCUUUGUUUAUUUUUUUUGCAUUUAAGUAUGUGACACGACAGCCCAGUACAAACAACACUGAACUUUUCAUCUGUGUUGGUUACGUUUUUGCUGCAUUUGGUUUAGAGUUGGUUCAGAUUUUUGCCAAAGAAUGGAUCACCAAAUACAUGACCAGACAUAAAGUCUUUGACUGUCCAUCCAGUGAAACUGUCUCACAGAUGGCCAAGCUUUUCUUCACAUGGUUUACUGCACAAAAGGAAAUCCUCAGCCCAUGAUAACAUAUCUCUGAAUUGGGGCUGUGCAAUUAACCACAGUUUCAUUUUGUGACUAGAAUCAUGAGACCUGAUUUAUUGCAUGAAAUUAAAUGUUUAUAGAGGUGCGUAAUGCUUUCUUUGUGAGUGUGGUUGUAUUUCACCUGUUGGUUGGAGGACUGAGUAUAAAGGUCAUGUUGUACAUCAUUUUGAAACAGACACAUGAAACUCAAGCCAGUACUUCGUGCUCUUCAUCAGUCUAAAAGAAGAUUGGUGACUUAUUUUGAGGACAGGAGAGACCUUUUGCAAGCCGAAGUGUGUAAAACGGAAAGAACAGUUGCUGACGUAAAAACUCAGAGUUAGAGCUAAUAUGUGCUCUUAAUCUGAAUUUGUUUACAUCACUUCAUGUUGUCUUCCCAUUAUGUAACAGUGUCACUGUAUCUUAUUGUGUACAUAGAGAUGGACUAACUAGCUAACAAAUUUAAGGUAAGAAAACACUUGGGGAAACACACAGAAAAUAGUCAAAAUUUUGCAAAUGUUGGUGCUUAACUCAGCUGUUUACAGGAUUAGGAAUUCCUACGAUUCAAGGUUACAACAUUGAAAUGUUUAGAUGGUUAGAUGUGCUGUUUGUAAAAAUUAUGCAGGGUUAGGGCUGGGUGAUAAACUGAAAAUGUACCAAUACCGAAAUUUACAACAAUAACCCUCAAUUUACCCAUGUCAGUAUAUUAGGUGUCAAAAAAAUAAAUGAACAAAAGUUAGUUUUGGAUGUGCGUAGGUAGACUAUGGUCUCAUGUCCCUUUAAGAUGCUGUCCUAAGUCAGAGACAUAACUCCACCCCAUCCAGUCCGUAACAAAGAGGGAAAGACAGGUGAGGAGAUGGAGGACGGUUCAAAAGUUGUAGCUGGAGCGGCAGCUGAAGUAGAUGAAGUUAAUGUAGGAGGGGGUGAGCAGCUUGUGGAGUAGUUAUGGUCCAUCUAUCGUUAUCGAGGUGAACUGCUCAAUAUAUCUUGAUAUUGCCCAGCCCUAUGCAGGACUCUACAUAACCUCCUUUUACAAAGACCACACUGACAAGAUUUUGGCUGCAGUUCAAAACUGGAGCCACAACAUUUUUUUAUUUUUGCUUCGUUGACAUCUGUGAGUGUUUAAGUUGACCCUUCAGAGCUUACAGUGGAGACAGUGCUGUGAGUCAUGAUGUGAUAAACACCAGAUCAUUUUUUUAAACCACAAACAGAAUUCUUGUAUGAGCCUGGAUUUUGAUAAUCCAAAACAUUUCACUGUCUGCAGCAUACAGUACUUUGCUAAUGAACAGCAAUAAAUGUAUGCAAGCCAAAUUGACUCAAGACUAUAUAUGACGACAAAUGCUAUGAGAGGUCUUGAUAUACUUUUAUGCACCUUUUUUGUUUCACUGCGAUGCCUGUGAUUCAAAGAAAGGUCUGCUUCUGUAAGACUGUGGCACACAGAAAGGAAGUCAGCAUUCAUGCUACAUUACACACAGUGAAUUGCUCAUUAUUAGCUGAGAAAUAAGGGGAGGUAGCCCGUAAAAACCAAGGCAGGGUCAUAAAACGCUUCAAAUAUUUAGAGGUGGAAUAUCAUUAAUUACUGUAACGGCUCCUGGGGUCCAGAGGGAACAGUGAGCCAGUAAACCUCUGCUAAUUCAUUUUUAAUGGUAGAGUUCAGGUGCAAAAAUGGCAGCAGGAGUAAAUCACAUGAGGAAAGCUUGCUUAUUCUGCAGGCCUCAGAACACAGACCUUUUUUUUUUUUUUUCAUUUUUAAGCCAAAGAAUUUUUAUGUUUUAUUGUGAAAUAAAGUUCGAAAUCAUGUGAUAAAAAAUCUGGCAGUAGUUAUUCUUGGGAAAAGUCAGGCUUUUCCAGAGAUAAUUGGAAAGUAAAGUGAUCCCAAGCAGUCUCUCUGUAAAUGAUGUCUAUCUUCUAUCCUGGCAAUCCUACUGGAAGUUCUUUCACUGCAAUAAUGUCAACAUACAUUUCUCAAACAAGUCCUCAUGCUGAAUCUAAGAUUGAAUUGACAUGUUCCUUGCAGAAGUCCAAUGUAGAUGUGGAGCCGAAGAUGUCGCUGGCAGAGAGGAUGAAGAUCCUGAAAGACAAGGAGGAGCAGUGGAAGAACAAAGGGAAAGGAGCAGCCAAUGACUCCACUCAAUUCACUGUGGCAGGACGCAUGGCUAAGAGAGGUAAAUAAUAAAAACUGCUUGUUCAGCAUGAUGUGGCUGGAAAUGGGUGUGGCCAUUAAGGAAAAUCUGGCAAACUCUUCAAGCUGCUGUAUGAGUUUUGUUUUACCCCCAUGUCAUCAGCUUUUCGUUCUAACAUUCUCUUUGUGUUGGUUUUUUUAUUUUGAUAUUUUUAAACUGUGAUAGACACAAGUUUUCCCAAAACUUACAGCUUUUCUCUAGUCAUGUGCCACAUUAAAGAGUUUCUGAGUCACAGCAGGUUGCCAAUAGAACAAUGGCAGCCAGUCAUCCGUGGUUUUCAGAUAUUUUGAUGAACACGGUAUGUGGAGUCUGAGAGGAUGUCCUAAUCCUCCCCUUAGAUCUUCAAUCAUUAUCAAUAAAUGGAUAAGUUAACCUAAGGCUCAGUCUAAACUCAACCACAACACCUUUUUAAGAAUACUUUUCCUUUUGGUUCAAUAACCUUUUUUUCAUAGUUGAACUGAAACAGUAUAUCUGCUUGUUGGUUAGAUAAACUAAUAACAGACUCAUAACAUUUAAGUAGACAAUAUUAGACUCUGGAAAUUUGCCACUAUAUCAAUUGAGGACAUAACUCCAAGUGUCAGUAUUCAGUUUUUCCCUUGUUUUCCAUCAGGUCUGGUGUCAGAUACAGGAAAAGAGGAGUCUCCACUUAUCGCUCUCAGAAAGUGUAACGCCACACCAGUAAAGCCACAUGAAGGUAUGAACACUCUCCUUUGACUCAAAGUCAGCUAGCAAGUAAAGCGCUUCAUGAAUUUAAUCAUUAUCCUGAUAGAUGAUAAAGCAGAUGUUGGGGGUUAUCGAGUUUGAUGUUAUUUGAAUUGAACUCUUGUGACAGUAUGUGUGAAAAUCCAAGAAAUCAGCAUGGCAUCGCAGCAGUGUGUUAGUGUAGUAAAUCGGACCUCUCUUUGUUUUUACCGGGCAGAAAUCUCCAGUCGAACGGAUGUAAAGGUGGAGGGGGAUAAAAGGCUCGACAAACUUGAGUCUUUCCUCGAUAAGCUUCACAGUAAAGGUACAAUCCCAUGUUUGCUGCUGUUUUCCAUUAAAUGUAAUAACAAGUGACCACAUUAAUAAUGCUAAAUUACACAUUUGGAUUUAAAUGUAUUAUUCUUCAGACAUGCACUGUCAGUCUUGUCUUUUUUACUUGAAUCAUCUCUGGUUCCCUUCGUCCUGUCAUGGUGUCUCUGUUAGGCGUGAGCCAAAGCAGGACAUCCACCAUUGAAGUCACGGCUCAGGUUGAGAAGGAGGUGAUGACCCUGGAUGACGAAGAGACAUUCGGCAACUUCUACAAACCCGUCUCACCAUCAACUCUUCAGGACAGCAGCGUAGUUUUGACAGAGGAGGACCUCAGUCAGAUUCAGGCCAAUACUCCAAAGUAAUUUCAUAAAAAAUCAUAAGAACAUCAAAAGUUUUGAUGAUUUUAUUCCAGGGACAGUUUUUGUUCCUUUCUUUAACGAAAAAUGAUCACAGUGUGUGUUUUUACUUUCAGGCUGGACACAGCUGUAGCAGAACACAAACGAGCAGUGCGACCAGCCAGGAGGAAUCAGGGCUCUAGGAACCCUCUACGGGCUCUGGCUUCCCGCAAUGAUAUCCGACAGGUCUAUACCGAGCAGAGGCUUAACGUAGCCACAGUGGAGACCAAGAGAAUCCAAGUGGAGAGGAGUAAGACUGCUCAAACUUAAUUAAUAUCGAGCGUUAAGGCUUCUCCCCUCAGUAAGACUCACCUAAAGCUAAAUCCACAACUACAAUCCCCUGUAUGAUAACUCUACAUAGUUCUAAGUGGUUUUUGAGUCUUGGGGUGUCUAAAAUUAGCUCUCAGAUCAGUGUGAAGACAUUUUUAAAAUAGUGAGAUUUCUCUGUGUAGACAGAAUAAAAAUCAAAUCUAAAAAGGCUUUGAUGUUCUAACAAACAAGAAAGACACAUUUACAUGCACGUGUACCCUACAGUAAACAAGUGCCUACUUCUGUUGUUUUCCUGUUGUGAUUUGCACAAACAAGAUACCACUUUAAGACACAACAAAAGCACAGAUGCAUCCUUUUGUCUAGCUGCUCUGCUGUUACAGCAGAAUCGUUCCCCAGGCUCACGUCGCACUUUGAAGCACUGCACGAUAGCAAAAGUUGAAUUUGACUGCCACUUCAUUGAUGUCAGUGACUGAGUUUGUUUUUAGGCAGGGCUGAGAUUAGAAGCAGCUGCACAGUUAGCUUCCUGACAUUCAUUGAUGUGUUUUCAGUUUUCAAUUCAGUCUGCUGCUGUGGAUUUCCUAUUUUGGAUUCUCUCUGUAGAUAUUCUGCACAGAUAAGUCUGACCUCAAUUACCCUGUCACAGGUUACACAAGAGGAAGUGAGCUGACUGUCUGCUAUACCACACGUGUUCAAACGAAAAAAAAAAAACACUCCUUGUCUCUUCUGAUCUGUCUUAUAAAUCUGUUCAUAAGAACAGAUUUAGUCAAUUCUAACUGUUUCCUCUCCUCUUGUCUCCUCUCCAUCAAAGUGGCAAAACAUGCCAGAUCAAACUUGGCGGAUGUUGCUUUGGCAGGUCUCGCCAGCAAAGAGAACUUCCGCAAGGUCAGCCUACGCAGCGUGAAGUCCACCGAAGUUGUGACCAACAACAGUGCGGUGCCUUUCAAAAAGCUCAUGCUCAUUCGCAUUAAAGGUCAGACACACAAAGAAUGAGAUUCAUGUUUGUUUUGUAAACACAUCUGUCACAUGUAGGAUGACUUAGCUUGAAUUUGGCAGGUGGCUUUUUUGAAAUAAGGAGAAAAAGAAAUAAAAAGUAAGACUGUAAUAUAAUAUUUAAUACUGUUAAGGUUAAGUCUGUCAUAGUAUGACUGCUCUUGUUUUCUGCAGGUCGGCGGCACGUACAGGUGCGCCUGAUGGAACCAACCGCCUGCUCACUAAACAGUGGAGACUGUUUUCUGCUCAUAACACCAAAACACUGUUACAUGUGGAGCGGAGAGUUCGCCAACGUCAUUGAAAAGGCCAAGGUAGAGACUAAAACCAAGAGGGACAAACACAGUGAGAGUUUUAGAACCAGUUUUGGAAAUUCAGACUUUUAAGAUUGUAAAAUGUGUUUUUUUUUUUUUUUUUUUUUUUUUGUGGCCAGGCUUCAGAGAUGGCAUCCUACGUUCAAGCCAAGAGGGACCUAGGGUGUAAGGCCCCACAAGUGACGGUGCUGGAGGAAGGGAUCAACUCUGAGAGCAGAUGGGCCAAAGAGUUCUGGAGCCUAUUAGGAGGGAAAACCAAAUACAGAGGUUUACACACAGUUUGAACAGCUUAUUUACAGAACCCUCUUGAUAUAGAACAGCUCCGAAGGUCAAAUCUGUCUCAUCCUAUGGUGUCAUAUCACAGCAAAUUGAAUUUUAUUGUACAUAUAUGUUUACCUUAUAAAUCACUCCAGGUAUCUUUUAACUUGAGCUCAUAAUAAAUACUCCUGACCACACUGUAACCCUGUCUUUGUACUUGAUGUGUGUAGGGGCAGGAGAACCAGAGGAAGACGAGCUGUAUGAAAGCGGAGUGUGCGACUCUAACGGGGUGUACAGACUCCAGGGAGACAAGCUGGUGCCUCAUGAGGACGCCUGGGCCUCCAUUCCCAGCGUCUCCUUGCUCAACUCUAAAGAGGUAACACCGCUGCACACCAAAGUAAUGACUUCAUGUCUCUGGGAUGCUUUGACAAGCGUGGAAAACCAUUUUGAUCUAUUUUACACCUGGCUGGAAAAACUUGGGAGUCGUAUUUUCUGAUCCUUUCGCACUUAAAAAAAAAAAAAAUACAGUAAUGUACAAAAUUUCCUCUGUUUUCUCUUUUAAUUUGCUGAUUCUCCUCCCCAGGUCUUGGUGUUUGAUUUUGGCAGUGAGCUGUACGUCUGGCAUGGGAAAGAUGUGCCCUUGAGUGAUAGAAAAGUGGCUGUGAAGUUGGGUAAACAGCUCUACGGCGGCAGCUAUGACUACAGCAACUGCAGAGUGAACCCUCUAGAUGCUUCCUGCACGGAGAAAGAUGUGCCUCUGUGAGCAACACGUGUUAAACCUGCAUCCUUUUCCAGGAGUUAUUUUGCACCUUGUGAAGUUUGAUGCAUUGAGUACUAUCACAUGUAACUUUAUAAGACAUCCAGUGGGCUACAAAUUUGGUGGUCUUAUUGAUUGUGCAAUAGUGGCCCCUAGAGCCUUAAAUGUGCUAGUGCAUUCAAGCACAGUAGAUGUUUUCAAAUACUCCCUUCUCUUUGUGUGAUUUCCAGAAAAGGGGAGAGUCGUCCGAGCUGGACCCUUUUUGGCCGGCUAUCAGAGCACAAUGAGACGGCCCUGUUCAGAGAGAAGUUCCUGGACUGGGCUGAAAGGAAAAAGGAGGAAGCUGCUCAAGUGGAAGAGGUCAAGGUAGGUUGUGUCUGUGAUCUUCUCGAGAUGUUGAAAUCACAGUUGUACUGAAGGUAGAAAGUAGAUUAUGCAUACUUUCUCUUGGUUUCCUCAGAGCCCGGUCCACUCCACUGAUCGCACCUCCUUCGACUUGGAACUGCAGCCAUGUGACGCCAAAACCCUACUGGACAACGAGCCAGAGCCGGUGAAGACCAUCCUAGAGAAUGUAAAUGUCCAACGGGGCCACGGCAUCGUGAGGGCGGACGACGGCAGACAAGCGGAGCUCUCUACCAUAGCUGUCGACGCCUGGCACAUUAAAGAGCACGGGGAGGAGGAGCUGCCUGAGGAGAGCCUGGGACAACUACACCAGGAAGACGCCUACAUCAUCCGAUGGAAAUACUCCAUCACCACGCUCGGUGAGUCAAGAGUUCGGCACAGAGAAGGCACGGAGAAUCCAUGAGUGGAGGUUUAGACUUGGUGACAAAGUAGGAAGAAGAUUGACAACAGAAGAAAUCUGUCUGACUUCACUUAUCAGUGAUGAUGGAGCACAACUGAAAGACAGCAUGUGUGCAAGAUGUCAACAGUAAAGGACCGUAUGUUUGUCAGCAGGUUUUUUUUUUUUGCAAAGGUGAGAAAAGGAAACAUAGUUUCUGUCGGUUUUGAAGAAAGAUCUUCCCCCCUUUUUUUUUUUUUUUUUUUUUUUUAGAAUUAUACGAAAUAUAAGUUUUUAUGUUUUAAACUUUAUACUUUUUUAUUUUUUUUUACAGUGGGGAAGCGCCAGAAACCUGGGGAGCUGAGUGCCGGCGCUCCUGGGAGAGAGAGAACUGCAUGUUUUUUCUGGCAGGGCCGUCACUCCAGCGUCAGUGAGAAAGGAACCUCAGCUUUGAUGACGGUUGAGCUGGGCAGCCACAGGGGAUCACAAGUCAGUAAUCUUAAAUCACAGCCACACAAAAAAUGAGAGUCUUUAAGUUGUGAUGAUGCUCCUGGUCAGAAAUCAUAAAUAUCAUAAGUCACUGAAAGAACACAUACCAUCGCAAUCAGAAGAAAUAGUUAAAAUUAAGCAUAUAAACUAUAAUAUUAACAGAGUUCAAAUGAUGUCUGUGAUGUCGCUCAAGUUUAAGUGUCAUGAGUUUCUUUGGAUCCAUGUUUUUAUUCUGUUUAUUUUGUAAAAUCUGUAAAAUUUUGUAAAAUUAUUCUGAUAAUUACACAGUUUAGAUAAAUGACUGUUCAUUGACAUGCAAAACCUUUUUAGACUACUUUUUAAAGAUGAUAUCAAUUUGCAGCAUUUGAAAAUGCUCCCUGAAACGACACCACAAGUAUGCAAAAAUGCCUGUGUGGGCACUUGGCUGGCUUGCCUCUGAUGCAGAGAACAAAGGGUUAAUCAGUGCGUGGGUAGCUGUCAUUAACGUGUCUGUGUAAUACUGUCUGUUCAGGUCUUGGUGACUGAGGGAAAAGAGCCUCCAUGCUUCCUCCAGCUCUUCCAGGGUGGUUUGGUUAUCCACAAUGGCAGCAGAGAGGAUAGCUCCAACAACACAGGUCAAAAAGAAACUUUGAUUUAGUUGUAUUUUCUUUACUAUGACUUAAAAAACUCACUGAAUCACUGUUUCUUCUAACCAUGUCUUGUUCACCCCCUCCAGAUGGCUGGAAGUUGUUCUGCGUCCGUGGUGAGGCAGAGGCGGAGGCCUGUCUGGUGGAAGUAGACUGUCAACGUGCCAGUCUGCGUUCUCGUGGCAGCUUAGUGCUUCUUAAUGCCCAGAAAAGUCGUCUCUACCUUUGGCAUGGCUGUAAAGCUCACCCCAGCGCCCGGCAGGUGGCUAAAAGAGCUGCAGACAAAGUGACUCAGAGGUGAGGCUUUGAGCAGAUGUACAAGUAGAAGCCCGGCUGAUUCUGAUAAAUCAGGCUACAUUCUCCUGUUUAUGUCUUCAAGGUGCCCCUCUGAGUUGGGUCUGAGCAAAACAAGUAGCGUGAAAGUGGAGGAGGUAGAGGAGGGAUCUGAGCCAGCAGAGUUCACACGGGCUCUGGGCCCAACAGACAAGAAGGCCUAUGACUGCAUGCUGCAAGGUCCCACUAAACCACUCAAAAACGAUGACAAAAAAGUAUUAUCAACUGCUGUUUUUCACAGUGAGUGAGCUGACAAGGUGAAAUGUUGUGUUGUCUGCAGAUCCAGGGAAGUACAACUACACACCCCGACUCUUCAGGCUGAGCGCGAGCUCUGGGGUGUUUGAGGGAGAGGAGAAGUUGUAUCCGGCUCGGGUAACAGAGGGAGUCAUGGCAAUGCCCUUCCUGCAGGAGAACCUCUACUCUGCACAACAGCCAGGUAUUACACACACACACACACACACACACACACACACACACACACACACACACACACACACAGAGUGAUGACACCUUAAAGUGCAGCACAAGAUUACCUAUCUGAGGUUUUCUGUACUUGUAAAAUUGUUGUUGCCUUUCCAGCCUUGUUCAUGUUGGAUAACCGCAUGGAGGUGUACCUGUGGCAAGGCUGGCAGCCUGAUGACACACAAUGCACGGGCUCUGCAAAGAUCCGCUGGAACAAUGAGAGGAAGUGUGCCAUGGAGACGGUUUUGCAAUACUGCAAAGGUGAAUACACGCUAAUUUAAUUUUUUGACAUUAGUGAAGUUGUGAAUGGAAGACUUUUACUUUAAGCAGAGCAUUUUAACAUUUACUGCUGUUUUAACCUCACACAGUCUCAGUUUACUUAUUCUACCCCAACACUUGUGAUUCACAGAGAAGAAUCCUCGGCGCCCCCCUCUGGCCUAUCUGGUCCUCGCAGGCUGUGAGCCCCUCACCUUUACAAACAUCUUCCCAUACUGGGACAAGGACCCCACCAUCACCUCAAAGGUUGGAAACUUUAUCCUCUGAUUGUAUUGUAGUUUUUCUGUAAAGUUAUGCUGUGGUUAGAAGGGAGAAUGCAACAACAUGUUGUUGUCAUGAGUAAGAAUCCAAAUAAUCUCACUCAGCUGGAUUUGUCAAGAUAGUGCCACCCACAGGUAUGUCUGAUUAUCUUGACUGAGAGUGAAAGAAAGCAGUGUUGAAGGAAAAUUAUACCCAGGAAAUGACUCCACGUUUAGAAUAGAAAUCACAGAAAUUUAGAAAGCUCCCAUGUUGGAUUUAAACCUGGGUCAGUUCAAAAGUUCAGAUGAUUAUUUUUAUCUUCAUUAGAAAAGAAAUACAACACCAGCAGUAUUUCAGUUUUCCAUUUUCUCACGUUUGAACUGAAAUGUUGAUGUUUUACAUGUAGGCUGAGACCCCCAAGAACAAGGUGAUCCUCGUGAAGGAGGCUCUGUCGAAGCUCAGCAAACAGCAGUACUCUAUCGAGGAGCUGACCAGGAAACCACUGCCAGAGGGAGUGGACCCUCUACGCCUGGAGGACUACCUGUCUGACCAGGACUUCAAGGUAGGGAUACAAAGAGAUAAAUUAUUUUAAGAUUACAUUAGAACCUUUUAUCUUAUUUUUACAAGCACACAAUAAAAAAUGCCCAGAAUUCAAUUGUGUUUAAAUAAGACCCAAACUGUCUUCCAGCAAAUGUACACCGAUUAAUGAUUUUUUUGCCCUCUAAUUUAUUGUUUUACAGACACUUCUGGAGAUGAGUCGAACCGAGUUCAACGCCCUGCCAAACUGGAAACAAAAGAACCUGAAGAAAAGCAAAGGCCUUUUUUAAUCACUUUUGUUUGUUCAAAAUUCUGCCUGUUUUAUUUUAUGUUUAAAGCAGCUUUUCUUACGUACCGUUAUUUCUAAAAACAAAAGAAAAUCAUGUCCUUACUUUUGAAAGGAUAAAGAAAAGCAACUGUACAUUUUGUUGACCUGUUUUUAAAACAAACCUUUUUUAAUGUGUCACUAAAUACUUUGGCCAACCAUUAUGUGCAAUUGUUAAUCCCUUUAAUGGCAAGGUGUUUUAUUUACACAUCAAAACUAGUUAACCUUCCAUUUCGAAUAUGUAAUAUACUCUUGCUGAAUGUGUUAUUUGUACUCUGAACAGUGUCAAUUUUUGUGUUUGUGUGCAUACUGCCUGUUGUUUUGGAAACUGUGGGAGCUUUUCAUCUGUUCUGUUUGGUAUUAGAUUACUCAGCGUGUCUUCACCAAGGGGGUUGACAAAGAAAGGGACAAAACAGUUUAAAGUUUAGAAAAUCCUCUCGUACUUUGUGUUUCUUUUCAAAGACACGUGGUGGUCUUAAAAAUUCUGAUUUUAUUUGAGACCUCUGGUUGUCUUGUGGAUAAAAAAAAAAACAGUUCAAUUUCUUUUUAGUCCCCCUUUUUUGAAAAGCUAUGUGAUAAACUCAAUUAUAAGAUCCCUCAACACACACAAGUUAUCUGUCAUUGGAUUGACCCAGAUGAUAUUUUUGGUACUUAAUGCUUCCUGGUUCAUACAAAGAGCCGCCUGUGUGCCUGUGACAGCAGGACUAUAAUCAACUGGUUGUUUGGGACCAAAUGUGAUUGUUUUGUCUUCUUAUAAGUGUUUGUUUUUGUAUUUGUGCGUGUCUGUGUGAGUGUGUGCAGCUGUGCAACUUUAAAAGUAUUAAGUUUGAGUGUGCGUGUGUGUGUGUAUGAAAGAGACAGCGUAAGAGUAACUGUGCUAUAUAAACUGCCUCUGUAGCUGGCACCAAUAUUGUAAACUAGUGGCAUUUUAUGAUGUGUUAAACAACUUGGGAAUAAGACUGCCUGCUAUGUCUGAAUAAGCGAUUCUCUGCAUGAUGUUCACAAAAGCAAUUUGCCAACAUUUGUAUUGAUUUUGCAACAUAUGCAUCUUUGUGAUAGAUUUAGAUUGUAUUAUAUGAGGAGACAGCGUUUAGGCCAGCUGUAUUUCAUGGCACAUAAAGUUAACAUUGGUGGUAGGGAAAUGAGAUAUGAACAUCAAGAUUCCCUUUUGAAUAAACUGUUUCUAAAAAUCUUUCGUUUUAACUUCCUUGAAUCAGCAAAA